CUCGCGGAUGCUGAGACCGUUCUCCUGUGCGCGCGGGCUCUCGCAGCGGCUCAGCCCCUCCUCCUCCUCCUCCUCCUCCAAAGAUGUCGCAUGAGCUGCUCCUCUCGCCGCUCUCUUUCUUUUCAUUUUUCUUUUCUGUUCCUCCUGCUGUCCGCAGCAGCAGUUAACCGGAUUCGGUCACAUUAGCAGCCAGGAACAGCCGGUCCUGGUCCUCCCCCCUCCCAACACAGCGGAGGUGUUUAAACCCUCACCCGGCGCAUCCUCUCUCUCUCUCUCUCUCUCUCUCUCACUCACUCUCUCUCUCUCUCUCUCUCUCUCUCUCUCUCUCUCUCUCUCUCUCUCUCUCUCUCUCUCUCUCUCUCUCUCCUCCACCGCCGCAGAACUCCGCCGACCGACCGUCAGGUGACCGCGCGGAGCGGAAUAUUCAUCAGCACCGUCGUCGUCUUUCAUCCCUCCGCUCCUGCGGACUCCAGGAGACCGGAGCCUCCGCAGCCUGCCCCCCCCUCCCGUGUCCUCUCAUCCGGUCUGGGACGUUCUCCGCUCCGCUUCCCGCAGAUUAACGGGGAUUCUGCCUCCCCGCCUGCGCGCUGAUGCUGAUGUCCUUGAGCUCGGCCUGCACGGUGAGUCGGUGAGUCCGUGCAUGCCCGCGUGUGUGACUGUUAUUUACCCCGGGCGCCUGAGUGCCGUUUUUAUCAGGGGGAGAUGCGGUGCUCGCGCUGCGGUCGGUGAGCGGCGUGUCGUGGGUUUAACGGGGUUGAGAUGAGAAAGGCCCGGCGCGGCUCCGCUCUCAGGCCCAGCAGCUGAUCACCGCUCAUACAGUAGGACAGACCAUAAUACCCCGUCACAUUAUCACGCACUGUGUGUGUGUAUAUCUGUGUACGCUUGCGUGUGCGCGUGCGUGGGUCAGCGCGUAUGUGGUGCGAAUGAUAUCAAUCCCUCCAUCCUCCGUGUCCGGUGUGUGACGGAGGGCGGUCCUGCCCCCCGGUCUCCCCGGUUGCUCGCUGGUAUCAGUUGCGUUGUUUGUGUCAGUUACGGCGCACGCACCUGCAGCGCGUAGCUCCGGGGGGGUGCGUUUCAUCUGCCUAUGAUCUGUGGCCGGGGGGACCUUCCCGAGCCGGCCUGUGCCGCCGCUGGCUGAGAGCCGGGCGGAGCGGCCCGGGCCGGUCACCUUGCGGAGGGACACCGGGCUGCAGCUGUGAGCGUGUCCUCAGAUUAUCAGCAGGCCUGCGGGGACGGUCCUCAGCGCUGAGCGGGACCUGCUGCUCCACAGUGAGCGGAGGAUGAGGAUGAUGAAGCUCAGGCACGUCUGAAGGUGACCAGGAAAGGUCGUUUUAUGGGAAACACACUGUUGCAUGAGGCCAUUCCUGCACAGUGCACACACAUGCACGGAGAGGAGUGUGUGCGCGCGUGUGUGUCAGUGUGACACUUUUGGUGGAGGAGGACAGGGGCUCAUGUGGGAGGGACUUUGUUGGAGUGUGUUUCUGAAUUUGUGUGUGUGUGUUUAGACAUCAGAGUGGUUGGUUUUAAUCGGGACUUUUUUUUAAGUCCAAACACACGCCCCCUCCCCACGCCAUACAUCAAGUAUCAUCACCCUCAGCCCCACGGUGAUGCAGAUGUGUGUGAGUGUGUGAGUGUGUGAGUGUGUGCGCACUGCCCACCUUUAAUGACUCCAUCCUCUCUCUGUGUUGAUUCUAGUGCGUUGUUCCUGCUAGGUUUUACAUGAGUGUGUGACUGGCACAGGUCCAGCUCCAGCAGGCAGCAGCUCAAAAACUCCCCACCCCCCCUGUCCCCACCAGAGGUGACCCUCAGUACCUGACUAGAAGUGGGACUGCAGGUGCACAGGUGGUAGGUAGACGGGACACUGACAGAGAGCAAGCUGAGUACAGGACAGACAUACGUGUGUUUGAUCACACGUGUGUAUAUGUGUGCAGUCUGGGUUGUUUGGCCCUGCUGGCCUACAGUCGGACCCUGAAGACCCUCUCUCCUGAGUGUUCCUCGUUCUGCUCUCGUCUUCAUUGUGCUGUUUCUAAUAAUCUAGUUUCUGCGUCGCUCUGAGCGAUGGAGGAGGAGGAGGAGGCGUGCAGGAUGAAUGGGACUGCUGAGAGUUGCGGGGACCUUUUGUCUGACUCUUUUCAUGACACACACACACACACACACACAACCAGCGCCAUUUAGCGUGUGCCAUGGUGUAUGACACAUUAGCGUGUCAUGGCAGAGAUCAUGGGGCUGAUGGCUCUGGGCGUCAGUGUCUUGUGUGUGUAUCAGUGAUGUCUGGAUGCUUGAAGUAGAAGAAGUGGACUUGACCUGUGUGUGUGUGUGUGUGUGUGUGUGUGUGUGUGUGUGUGUGUGUGUGUGCAAUUACAAAGGCUUAACAAAUUUGAAACAAAGUAGGAGUUUUGCGCAAUUUAUAAAAUGCAGUCUCACGUGUACAUACUUCCACAUGUGCAGUGUAACAUCAGAGUUCUGACACACACACACACACACACACACACACACACACACACACAGACUCAGAGUUAGCUGCAGUAGUUGGGAGGCUGAACAGAAGAGCUUUUUCUUGCGUGAGCGUUAUAAAAUCAGACAGAAUCAGUGAGUAAGAGGCCGAGCCGGGUAGAAAACGCGCGACUGACUGAGUAAAUAAAUGAUUGCAGUAGCAGGAAGCAGAUAGACAGGGAAAGCGACAAAAUGAGGGAGGAAGAGGAGGGGGAAGGAGAAGGAGGAAGGUAAAAUAAUAACAAGCAAUGAGACGUUGGAAGACAAGAAGAAGAGAAACAGAGGAGAGGAUGGAGCGUGUAGAUGGAGCAGACAGAGAGAUGAGAGAGCAGGCAAACAAGAAAAGAUGGAGAGCGAGAGGAGGCUUCAAAGGCAGAGCAGGGUGACUCAGUCAUAAACUAACACUCUCAGUCAGGAUGGAGGCAUGGCAGGACAGAGAGGGGGAGGAGGGAGCUGAGGGAGGGUGAAGAGUAGAGCGCAGGGAUGGGGAAAAGGAAUUAAUGGUAAGCUUCAGUUGUGCUUCUUUCUGCUCAUACUUAUGUAAAACAGUCUGAUAGGGAAUCAGAAUCUGUCGUGUCAUGUGUGAGAAUAUUUAGUUAGCGGUGCUGCGGGCUGCUCAUGUGGGGCGAAGCUUCGUUUCUGUCACUCCGGCAGAUUUAUUUUAAUUUAAUCAGUUCCAAAGAUGGUUAAAAUGUUAAUUCAGUGAUCAGGAAAUAAUUUUUCAGUGAAUUAAACAAGAGCAGCUCACUUUAGGAAAUUUCACAAGCUUUUUAUCAAACAAAUCAAACAUAAAUCAGUGAAAAAAACAACACACAGAUCUUACACGCUGCUCUGUUGGUUAUAAGGAAGAAGAAAAAGAAGAAACAUCUAUAGACAGUUUUUUCCUUUUCUUAGACACCCACUGGAAGUCAAUACUGAAGAAAACCCACCUUGUGAAUCAGGUGUACUGUUGGCCCAAGACUGUUGAAGAGACAGUGAGUCCUAAAAUUGAGUGUUAAAUGUCUUUAUUGCAUGUGCGACCCCGGUUCCAUAACAGUUGGGUGGCUGUGUGAGAUGUUAACAAAAAAAUGACAACUUGAUGUUUGCAAAAAAGUUCAAGUCUUUUUAUACACAAUUCAAGGACAAUAUGGACAAGAUUAUUUUAAAUUUGAUACCAAUUACACUUUUGUUGUCCUACUCUUGUCUGAUCGAGGAUUUCACCUACUCAAGAGUUCAUGAUGCUCCAAACGUUUCAGUGCGACAAGUCAGGACUGCAGGAAGACCAGUUUAUCAGCAGGACUCUUCUACUACAGAGCCAUGCUGUUGUAAUCCCUGCAGAAUGUGGUUUGUCAUUGUCUUGCUGAAAUAUGAAGGUCUUCCCUGAUAAAGUCAUUGACUGGAUGUCAGCAGAUGUUGAUCCUAAACCUGUAGAUAUUGUUCAGCAUUAAUGGAGCCUUCAUAGAUGUGGAAGCUACCCAUGACAUGAACUCUGAUGAUCCACAAACCAUCAGGGAGGCUGUCUUAGAACUGGGAGCUGAGAACAAGCCGGUGGUGGUCCCUCUACUCUUAAAAAAGGAGGAUGCAGGUCAGACAACAGGAUAAUUUUCCUCUUCCUCUCAGUCCACCAUAAACAAGUUCAGGUCCAGAGAAGUCUCUGGUGUUUCUGGAUCAUGUUUAUCUGGUUUCCUCUUUAAAUGGUUCAGUUUGAACUUCAUUUGUGGAUGCAGUGAUCAACUAUGUUCACAGACAAUGAUUCAAGGAAGUGGCUUGAAGAACCAUCCAAUCUUAGGUUUAGUCCUUGUUCCUUUUGUUCACAGAUUUCUUCCUCUUCCGGUAUUUUCUUCUGAGAGACUCACCCUCUCUGAAUGUCCUUUUUAAACCCAGUCAUGUCAUUAGCAUGUUGGACAUUAACCCCAUUCGUUGGAGAUGAUCCUUUAGCUGUUUUUUUUUUUGUUUUUUUUUUGGCAUUACAUUACUUUUUACCUGUGUGGUUGUUCCUUUAAAACAUGUUGCUGCAUGAUAUUUAAAAUAACACAUGAUACGUUGUCUAAAUUGUUUUCAAUUAAAUCCAAGAAUUCGAUAUGAUGCAAUCCAUGGAAGUGUGUUUUUAUAAAAAUUUUACACUGUGUACCAAUGUCUUUUAAAUCAGGAUUGUGAUGAUAUCAAAGUAGAAUUUCUGUAUGUUUAGUUUAAAAGACUUUCGUUUGAAAGAACUCAGCUGACUGUAGUUUGACAUUUGAAAUCGAGGCUUAGUUGAGAUUGAUGGACACGUGGUCCAAAUUCAAGACAAAACAUUUGCAGUUUGUGUUUGUGUCCUAUGUAAUUGCAAGCAUUAGGGAGGAAUGAAUAACCUGAGAUUUUGUGUAAGUUUCCAUGCUAGUUUCUGUAUGUACAAUGAUGACCCAUGAAAAUAUUUUAAAAAAGGUUUAAAUUGCCUCAUAUUCCUGUAAUCAGCUGAUGUCAGUCGUGCAUUUUGAAUGUUGAAACCCUGGUGACUCAUCAGUCACCUCACAUUAAAAAUUCCUGUGUUUCUCACCUGAGUGUGAGGAGACAUAACUACAGCUGUAGCUGGGCAUUAUAGUGAGCAGGAGACUGCAGCACAUUGAAUUCAGUGCAUUCUCCCAAAUUUGCGCAUCGUUGGAGGAAAUACUUCAUCAUAUAGGACGUGCUUCCUUCCUUGCUACACGUGUUGCACAUUGCUAUGUUGUUGGUUUUAGUGACUCUUCACAACUUGUUUGACGUGCUUCAUCACAAAUAGCGUAAUGUUUCAUCAGCACAGCAGGUCCUAGCAGAUAAGUUCAACAUCCGUGGACUGCAAACGCCUCACUGAAGUCUAGUCCUGAAAGAUCUAUGUUGUUGUUAGGAACCAGAAAGUGGAACUGAAAUUCACAUCCCUUACUGAAUCCACAAAGCUCUGAAACUGCUCUGAGAACUAGUUUGACAUGGUUUUUGAUACCAAGCCCACUUUUAAAGUGUGAAGAAUUUUAACUGUUUACUCACCAGGUUUACUGUUACAUCCAUGGCUCUUACAUACAGUAUAUGGAGGGUAUGUUAUCCCCCAUUUCCUGAAGUUUCUGUUAACAUCACCUCAUCUGUGUGUGUUUCUUUUCUGAGAAAGAUGGAUGCUCUAAUAGUAGAUUUGCAGCUUUUGCAUCAAUUGUUCAGGUUUGACAUCCGGCCUCAGCAGGCCUGAUGUCUGGCUCGGAGCUGGUUUGAUGUAAUGAUAGUGUUUGAGAUCAAUACAACACACUGAUGAAGUUUUAUCUCUCUCCCUCUCUCAGGUCCUGGUGCUGCAGCUGUAGCUACCUUUGAACUGGAUCCUUUUUCCUUUUACUGGUUGAUCGCCUGCCUUCGUCCCGCUUGCCCCUCUCUUCAUCCGUCCAUCAUCCCUCCAUCUCUCUGUCUGUGAGUCCAUCAUCCCGUCCAUCAGCCUGUCCAUGGACUGGCCGUGACCCUGGAGGGAGGGGGACAGAAACGAGGAAAGACCAGAGUCACAGAGGAGACGAAGAAAAAGAAAGCUGGAUUCAUUCAGACAUCAAGCGUCUGAAGAGCUCGCUGUCCUUCAUCCCCCUCACCCUCCUCCUCCUACUCCUCCUCUCCUGUAAUGGAGAAUUAAAGGAGCAGUGGGAGGACAGGCCCAGAUAAAGAGGAGGAAAUAAAUAAACACCCCCACAUCCCUUUGAAUCAAAUCAAACGGGGGUUCAGGUGUAGCAUCAAAAUCACACAGUGUUUCUGAGUGUUGAGCACAUGAUUAGCCUACAACCAACCAAUCACAGGGGGAACUGAGAUUAGGACAGACUACGGGGCGAACGGAGGACCAAAACAGACAAAAGCCUUUCUGACAUGUCAACUACAGCCACCAUGGGUGAAAUGGCAAACAGCGCGGUGGAGUUUUAUCCCAAAGGGACUCGAGGCAGGGGCGGAGGAGGAGGAAGGGCAGAUGGCAGCAACACAGGGGGAGAAUUCGGGGUGACGGUGCAGGAGCUCAGGGAGCUGAUGGAGCUCAGAGGAAACGACGCUCUGCAGAAGAUCCAGGACAGCUAUGGAGACACAGAGGGGCUCUGCCAGAGACUACAGUCCAACAUCACAGAGGGUGAGUGAGAAACAGAGGGAUGAGUGUGGAUGGAUGGAUGGAUGGAUUAAUAAUGGGGGAGUGGAUGGCUAUAAGGGGGAUGAAUGGAUGUGAAGUGUAGAUGUAUAAAUAGAUGACGGAGGAUUGUUUGGGUGGAUGAGCAGAUACAUGAAUGGGUCAGAUAGAUGGAUGAGGUGGAUUUGUGGAGGAUGAAUGAAGGUGGGUUAGCAAAAAGGAUGAACUUGAGAACUGAGGUGGAUGAAUGAGGGAGUAGAAGGACGGAUGAUAUUGUUCUUCGAGGUCAAGUUCAAUAUGAACACAAUGAAUGAAUGUGUAGCUGCAACCUGAGGACACAUUUAAGAAUAAAAAUAGGAAUAAGAAUAACCUCAUUUUAUCCCAGAAGGGAAAUUCAAUGUAUUCAUUUAAUUUAGAAAUUCAUUUAUUGUAAAAAGCCAUGACCUGGGACUUUGACAUGAUGAAUCCUGAGUGAACAGAGACUCUUUAGAGAAAAAAAAAAAGAAGCAAAAUUAUCAUUGACCGUGUCAGCUCUUCUUUACCUAGCAGAAAAUGUUUGUUUAUUGGAAAAAGUCAGCAUUACAAGGACAUUUUAGUCUAUUGAGAAUUUAGCAAUCAGUCUAAUAAUAGUGUUAGAAACAUUACAUGAAACAUAAUCACAGAGCAGACAGUAAAUCCCAUGACUGACGAGAGAAUCAAAAGAUUCAAAAACACGAUAGGAGAUGAAAAGAAAGAUGAUGAAAUACAGAAAUCAUCAAACAGCAGGGGUCCAAAGAAAUGCAAAAAUAGUAGAUGGCUGAUUUUGAAAUGUCAGCAUGUGAAGAAAAAAUCUCAGAGGAACUGAGCUGCAGCAGUGAGAGAAGCAGAUAUACCAGAGCAUUAGCGAGCAUGUGAUGCUAACAGCUAGCUCUGAGGCCCAGUCUCCAGACUGAACCAGAUUGUAGUCUUAAGAGAGGGACAGAAAUUCAAAAAAACAUUUUAAGCAUUGACAAAAUCAAUAAAGCGACAAAGUGGAGGAUGUAUUCAAGAAAAUUAGAAACUCUGUGAUGUGUAUGAUUAAUUUUAACCAAAGUUUAAUACAUGAAAUAAGACACAAGGACAAUGAUGUUUCGUUUUCAAUGAUAUGAUGUAUUUUGAUGAGUGUGAAAUAAAUACCCUGGAUAUCUUUGAAAGUGCAUUUAGGGUUCGAAACACCUGCUUAUCCUUAAUACAACAGUAAGUGUCAUACCAUACAUACCUAGAUAUCCUGAUUAUUGUAGUCAGAGUUUUAAGUACCUGGGUAAUCUGGAUUGUGCAGCUAGGGUUUUGUGUACCUUGAUACCCUGGACAGAGCAGGUAAGGUCAGGGUUAUUAAUGUUAAUUGAUGUUUGGGCUGUAUGUACUAGUAUGGUUUUCAUUUUCACUGGUUUAAAAACCGAGUUUUUGACAAUCCUUUAACAUCAAUAUGAUUAGCGGCAAUAGUCACAUACCUGUGUAUUAAACAUGAUGCCUAUCCAUCUGUUGUGAUUCCCCUGGUGUAACUAACUGCUUUACUUCUGUCUUUACCCUUUUAUACGACUCAGGUAUGCGUUGUUUUGAGAUACGUUGGAGGUUUGGUAUUGUGUAUUUUAGCUCUGAAGUUUGGAUCAUUUUACAGCAACCGGGACUCUCAACCACUCUUACUGAAAGGUUGCAUGCCUUUACACAUAAAUCUAGCACUGGAUGCAGGGUUAGCUUUAGCUCUUUGUGAGUCUAAGUAAAGGUGUGGAUGAUGCCUGAUGAGACUUUUACCUGGGUGGCUGGCUCUGCUGUUGCUAUGGGAAUGCAGCUGGUAGUUUGGUGGUCGUUGCUUAUACUGUGCCCCUUGAUAGGUGAACAGGAAAACUGAUUGUAUUGCGUGUAUUUAACUUCACCCCUGCAUUCUCAGCAAACAACCACUGACUAAUCAAGGAUGCUCCUGGUUUUACAAAUUCCAAAAAGUGUCCACAUUGCAGAGUUGACACCAGAUAGCUUUAUAAUCUCUUAUUCAUCAUUUCCCACUCUGCUACCAGCCAUCAUGGCACUGUUGGAGUAUGCGUAGAGAGGUGCCAAAUGACCCUGAUGUACACUUCAGAUUCUCUUUUCAUCAAAAGGGCAAGACUACAGCCACAUAACCAACAUUUGACGUGCUAAAUAUGCAGUUUUUUGAAUCAUGCAUCUGCAGUGAAACACAUCCCUGACAGUGUAAGCUUGGGGUAUAAUCCUACUGGAGUUUUAUGCUUAGGGAGCAUGGAUGGAUGAAUUGAUUGAUGAAUGGAUGAGGGGAUUAUAGUGGGUGAAUGGAUGGAAAGCGGAUAGAGAGAAUCAAUAAAUGGAUGGAGUAAAAGUGUGCACAGAUCGACCAGAAUCUCUUACAGCACUACUGGAAUUAUUGCAGGCGCAGUGAUUGUAGUAUGUGCUCAUACAUAGACCUGCAGGUACUUCAAUAAAUCACAAUAGGUCUGCUUUAACACAUAUAUGCAAAAAAAUGUAAACUAUCUAUAUCAGACUAAACAGAGGAUUUAUUUUCAACGACGUGAAGCAAGUUUAUCAAUGUUGUUCACCUUAAAACUAACAGAUAGUUCGUGUUGGUGCUGUUAUUCUUGUUCCACAAGGUCAGUGUGAAUGUGAAUGCUCUGGUCUGUCCUUCAGGUGUGUUUACCUGCUAACACAGUUCACAUGGUGGUGCAGUGGUGAGCAAUGCUGAUGUUGUUCCCUCACUGCCUGGAGGUUCCUGGUUUGAGUCCCUGUGUUCUCCCUGCGCAUACCUGUAGUUAUGAGUAGGUGUGAGUGUGUCUUUAUACCAUUUCAGCUUAUUACCAGAAGUUUAACCCUUACUGCAGUGAGAUCUCAGAUGAAUUUCAUGAAGAGUAUGAGAGUGAACACAUCUCACAGAUCCAUUCAGACCCCACACAGAGGGGCUAAAGCAUUUUUUUUUCAGAGGUUUAUCAAGUACAUUUGUUCUUAGCUCUAGUUCAGGCAGACCAUACAGUCCAGCUUAGCCUGCAGUGCAUCUGUUGAUCUUAAUGCCAACCUAUAUCAGGUGACAACUGAUCACCCUUUGCACUUCCGGUUGGCAAAAGUCAAAACGAUUGUUCUGUUAAAACAGACAUUAGCCUGCCUCCUCUACCUGCUUCCUCCACAAUCCACUUUGCAAUCUGCCUCCAUCCCAGCUCCUCCUUUUUAUGCAGGUAGUCUUAGCUGUUGCUUCCUGCAUUAGCCUUCCUGAAUGCACAUUAGAGGGGGGAUGUGUGCUGUCCAAAUUCUGGCUUCGGCAUUCUACUCACAGUCAGAACUGAGCCGGACCACCAAAUAUAACUUUACUGCAUGAAAUAAAGAUUCUCAGAGACAAAAUGGAUCCAUACAUACAGUUAUCCUGUCUUGGAACGAGUGCACCUGCAUCAGGGUUAAUUAGAGAGUUUUGGAGAGUAAAUUAAGAGAGUUGGUCUUGGUGGAGAUUUGCGCUCCCUGAGAGUCGUCACUGAACAAAUUAAUCAUCUGAGUAAUUUUGUAUAUCGGUGUCUCUUGACAAUGGGCAGACUCUUGAAGAAAAUAACUAGUAAAUUCAUCUAUGAGAAUAACACAUUUGAGUUCAAUACAAACAAACACCAUCAAAAACUGUGAAACACAAACAAACACGCAUGCAAACACCUAACAGCACACACACAUUUGCAGAGACACACAAAAGAUCAAGGUUCUCCUGUCAGUGACAGUUUUUUAAUGACCACUGGUGUUGUUUGAGUCAGUGUGCCUUUAGCAUGUUUGUGCAUUUGUAUGUUCUUCUCACAGGGUGUGGUACCGCGCUACACCCACUCCUCCAACUAGUUUGUAGCCUAGCAACACAACAGCAGAGGAGAGAAGUUGGCUGGAAAGUCAGCAAGAGAGGAAGAUGAUGGAGAGCUGUGAGAUGGAGAUGCUGAGGGGUGAAUGGAGGAAGAGGUGGGGAGAGAGAGAGAGAAAGUGUGUGUGUGUGUGUAUGUGUGUAUGUGUGUGUGUGUGUGUGUUUGUGAUUUUCCUGUGUACGAAGAAGAUGAAGAGUGAGGGAGGAAAAGUGAGAGAGUUGUGGGUGUUGAGUUUCAGUAAGUCUGUGUUGAGUGUUGCUAAUUUGAUACUGUGAGCUGGUCAGGAAUCAGUGCCCCCCCCCCACCACCACACACACACACACACACACACACACACACACACACACACACACACGCACACACAUACACAAACAUAGUCAUGUAUCUGCAGUUGUCCCUACAAAGCACAGUUGGCAAACAACACACUCAAACACACAUACUUGGAUGGGCUUCUUGUGCACUCUGCUGACUUUCACAAAUUACAUAUGGUGUCAUCUGGUGUGACGAAGCAGCCAAACACAGACACAUAGAAACGAUCCCAGGAAUCUGAUGUUGUUAAUCUUCAUCAUAGUAAAUCUUAAUUUACAGAUUCAGUAUCAAAAAUGUUGAACCUGAAUUCUAUGGUCUGAAUUUUUAGUACAUGAGGUGUUUCAGUUUCUGUCUGUAGGAAUAGUCAGAGUACUAUAAAGUAGUACCAGCAGGCUCUGGUGUCUGCAGUAAAAACUCUGUAUGGAGAGCAAAAGCAGGAGGAACACAGUCCUCCAUAAUGACCUCCAGCUCCCACGGUUGGUAAUUUAAGGAGGAUUUUUUUCUCUGUUACAAUCUACAUAAAGGUCAGCUAAGAAAUUCUUCUGGAUCAAACAUUUACACUGAAACACUAAUAAUGCUGAGUCACUAAAGAAAGUAGGUCUCGUUCAUGAAAUGGGAGCAGAACUAAAUUUACGGGCAAACUGGGAUUCAUCAAUUUUUCAGUAGUCUUGAUUUGUUCGUAGCUUUCAAAAAAAUCUACACCUGCUCCAGACCACGCAGAGUUUUUGUAAGUGAAGGAUACACAGAAAUAUUGCUUUUUAUUAUCAGAAAUUUGAAUCCAUACUGUGAUCUGUUAUAUCCACAAUAGACCAAUACCUUUGGGACACACAUAAAAAAUCAAUACAUAGCAAAUGAAGCAAAAUUAUUUGGCAAUAAGCUGAUUUAAGCUUCAGAUACAGUUAAAAAUAUGAAACAGGUUGUGUGUGUGUGUGUUUUAUACGCGUUCAGUGAUGAUCCAAAUAUUGAUUAAUUACUCAGUGCUGUAGUUGUGUCGUCUGGUGGGGCAGCGUUACUCUGCGCACCUGCUCAGGUGGGAUGGGGUUUGGAUCACGGAGCAGUGAGAGCUGGCUGGUUUAUCAGUAAGAGUAUAACCUGUGUUCAUCUUUACACGUUUACGUAGCCCUCAGGUGACAGAUCAAGAAAAAAAACCCUCGUGCAGAUCCAUGCGUAUAAAUUCACAGAGAUUGUUAUCCAUACUCAACGAUUUGCAUCUAAUUACUUUUUCUUUAUCUUGGCACCUCAGAGAUCUACAUGCGUUUUAACAAAAGGUCUAACCUAUCCAUAGUAGACAGGGUUACCUUCUGAAGCCGAGGCUUUAGACUCCUCUGACCCUCCACACACACACACACACACACAGCAGAAGCUGCCUUUAUGACACCCAGUACAGACUGUCGGAGCACCAACAGUGAUCUGAAGGAGAGUCUCACUCUAUCACUCACAGAGAAAAUGAAACGCCUUUCUCUUAUUUCCACAUCACACCAAAAUAACUUCUUUUUCUGCAUCUGAAAGUUUUUUAUUCCUCCUCCUCCUCUUCUUCUCUCGCUGGUGCAGGAAGCACAGCACAUGUCCACACCUCCUUAUAUGGUGUUGAUUGGCUAUUCAUGGGCAGAGGAUUAUGCUGAGUAGUAGCAAUCGGGAGCGGUCACUCUACGAUCGAUUGACUUUCAUGGACAAUCAUGAACAUACUCACGUGUUUUGAUCAAAUCAGGGGUUUCCACAGUGGUCAUGAAUCCAGGGUAGUUUUUUAGUACCAGUGACAUUUAUGCAUGGAUCCACACAUCACAUAGCACUAACACUAACGUUUCAUGAAUGAGAACCAAUCAGUGUUCAGAUUUCUUGACUUCCCUGAAUUCACCAGAAAUGAUAGCUCUGACCUCCAUUCAACAAACACUUUCAAAGUUUUUUCUCCUCUUGAGGACAGAUCUGACAAAGCUGGACUUUUUGGACUUUUUACUAUUCUGCAUCAUGAUGUUGUGAUUUCUGCAAACUGGAGAACUGAUAAUUACCAGAAAAAAAACAUCCAUUACAGAGAAACUGUGACUCACCACAAACAGAUGAACUGGUGCUCCUCUGAGGGAUGUAAUGAGCCGAGAGGUGGCAGAGUUUAUUCUGCAGACAUACAGUAUCUGGGGGGCUGUAUUUCACUGGACUUUUAUCUGAACACGUUUACUUCUUCAGUUGUUCAUUGGACUGUAAACAAUGCACCGCAUGGAAAAAGAAGUCUUGACUGGAAGUCGUUUAUCACUAACAGCUGACUACACUUGGGAUACAGAGAAGAUGGCCAUUGUCCCCAGAGGAAUUUAUCUUUGUCAGGUUAUACCGUUGGUUCAGAGAUUGCAUGACCAUAAACUGUGUGGUGUUUUUCAGCUGCACAUCUGAGUGGAGUGACAGUCCGACAAAAGCUGCUGCUCUGCUCAAUAAUCACAGAGAUGGAUGCAUGAAUCAGACAGAGUGCUGCAGAGAAACACACGCAGAAAUACAUGUUCAGUAACAGCCUGAUGAACAGUGUAUGACACUCCAGGCUGAAUGCACAUUUACAUUAUGAUACUGGUCUGUAAUAUGAUCCACAGAGCAGUGUGUGUGUGUGUGUGUGUGUGUGUGUGUGUGUGUGUGUGUGUGUGUGUGUGUGUGUGUGUGUGUGUGUGUGUACAGAGUCUCACACAGAUAUGGAAACACUAGCACUGCAGUAUGAGACCAUUAUACCCACACUGAAGAGACAGAGAGGAGGAGGAGGAAGGAGGAGAAAGAGGGAGAGAGAGAAAGAGUGUGUGUGGUGAUGGGGGAGGGAGGGAGGGUGUGAGGGGUGAGGAGGGAAAGCUAGAACAGCUUGCCGCAUUGUCAAGGACACAUCAAGGGGAGAUUGAGAGAGGGAGGAAAAGAGAGGAGAAGAGCCAACAAGAGAAGAAGAGGUGGAGAAGGAUGGAGGGAUGAUGAUGAUGAUGAUGAUGAUGAUGAGGGAUGGGAGGGGGAUGUAGCUCACAAAGAUUACUCAGCAUAAGGUCACCUGUUUCUCUCCGCUUCGCCUCGCCUCGGCCUGAACCCUGUUGAACGUCAUGUUUGCAACACAACUCUUCAGCAGCUUCAUACCAUCCCUGCUGCAAACACACAUUCACACACCUGCGCACGCACACACACACACACAUACACAAGCAAACACGCAAAAAGACAGUCACCGAUCCCAGCCAACCACUGCGCACCAAAACUGAGCUGAGCCCCCCUCCCCGAGAGCCAAUCAGAAAAAAUAAAAAAAUGAAAAUGCUCUGCUCCAAACCUCACACACUGGUGGAGUGACAUCACCUGUUGCUGGGCAGAAACCUGUUACAGACAGGAAGCCCUGGACCUGACAUUCCGGUUGCCAUGGAAACUGCAUCACUUCGGGGAAAGGCUGAAGGGGGUAGAGGAGGGGGAAGAUGGAGAUGAGCGUUUGUAGGAGGGAAGUUUAGUUUUACCUGGAAUAUUCGAAUUUCACAGAUUAAUUUGUUUAAAACUUUAAACAGAAUUAAAAAGUUUGCAAGAUUAUUGGUGAUGGUUUGUGCAAUAAUCAGUCAGUGCUUUCACAGUGCAACGCAGGAUUUUGUCUACAGUUUGAUGAAGAGGAAUAAACCAAGAAAAAGAUUUAAUUGAUUCUUAUUUACAAAAACCUUUAUCUUUUCCUUAAAUUGCAACAAGUCAGUGAGCUGUGUAAUAUGUUGAUAAUAACAUAUUAUGGUUUUCAUAUGAUUUAAACCCUUUAUUAAAAAACCUUGCAAAGACAACAUAUCAAAUGUUGGAACUAAAUGUGAAUCAUUUGAUGACAAAUAUCUGCUCAUUUUGAUUCUGAUGCAGCAUCAUGUUUCUAAAAAGUUGUUCAGGGAACAAUCAAACAGGUAAAAAGUUGUUAUAGAGAAACAAUCAAACAGAUUAAAAGUUGUUAUAGCGAAACAAUUAAACAGAUUAAAAGUUGUUAUAGAGAAACAAUCAAACAGAUUAAAAGUUGUUAUAGAGAAACAAUCAAACAGAUUAAAAGUUGUUAUAGAGAAACAAUCAAACAGAUUAAAAGUUGUUAUAGAAAAACAUUCAAACAGAUGACGAGUUGUUAUAGAGGAAAAUUAAACAGAUAAAAAGUUGUUUUAGAGAAACAGCCAAACAGGGAAAAAGUUGUGUAAUGCUUAAAAAAAAUCUCUGGAAUAGAAAUCACUUCAUGGGCUCAAAACCGCUUCCAAAGACCAUAGUCUGUGAACACAGUUCAUCAGUUCAUCCUCAAAUGAGGUUUAAACUGAGCCAUGUAAAGAGGAAACCAGAUAGAAACAGGAUCCAGAAAAACCAGAGACUUCUCUGGACCUGAACCUGUUUAAGGUGGACUGAGGGGAAGAGGAAAAAACUGUCAUGUGGGCUGGUUAAUCAAAAUCUGACAUUCUUUCUGGAAACCAUGGACCACCCAGCCUGUUAUCAGCUCUCAAUUCAGAGCCUACUAUAGGUAGCCUCCAGUUAAACAGCUGAGCAGCUGAAAACCUCUUUCAGGCCAGAAUAGGACAACACUUCACUUUCAAACUCCAGAAACUGGUCUCCUGGGUUCACUAACAUUUACAGAGAGUUGGUGAAAGAAGAGCUGAAGGGACAUGAUGAGAAACAUGAACCUGGAACUACUUUUUACAAACAUGCUAAUGCAUCAAAUUUAAAAUGAGCGGAGAUCUUUCAUUAAACAAACUAUAUGUAGUUCCAGCAUAUGAUAUAUUGCCUUUGCACUGUUUUCAGACAAAUACGUGACUCAAAUCAAUUAAAAGGAAUUAAUUUCUAUUUUUCUGAAAAUUUAAACUUGGGGUUUUAAAUGGGAGUAACUUGCAUUUUGUUUUCGCUCUUCAUGGUUCAGACUGGUUCAGACUGGUUCAGACUUAUUUCUGUCCCUCUGUUUCCCCCUUUCAGGUCUCAGCGGGGACCCUGCGGAUCUGGAGCGUCGGGGACAAACAUAUGGUCAGAACUUCAUCCCCCCAAAGAAACCCAAGACAUUCCUGGAGCUGGUAUGGGAAGCCUUACAGGACGUCACUCUUAUCAUCCUGGAGGCCGCUGCCAUCAUCUCCCUUGGCCUCUCCUUCUAUCAGCCGCCUGGGAAAGAAACUGAAUGUGAGGGGGGUGGAGGGGAAUGGCUGGGAGGGGAGGUGUGAGAGGGUGGAAAAACACAGAGGGAGGUAGAAGUUCAAUGAGCAGAUCAGGAGUGACUCACUGGAAGUUCAACUGCAAUAAGAGAAGAAAACACAAAAUUCGAGGCAGGGCGUUCCUUGUCCUGUUUAUCUGAAAGUGUUCCUCUAUCACAGUGGUUCUCAAGUCCAGUCCUCGAGGCCCACUGUCCUGCAUGUUUUGGAUGUUUCCCUGCUCCAACACACCUGAUUCAAAUGAUCAGCUCGUUAUUAAGCCAUUACAGAGCUUGAUAAUGAGCUGAUCACUUGAAUCAGGUGUGUUGGAGCAGGGAAACAUCCAAAACAUGCAGGACAGUGGGCCUCGAGGACUGGACUUGAGAACCACUGGUCUAUCACACUGUGGAGACCUGAGACCACAGAGCUGAGGCUGGAGCUCAUACCCAAAUACUUAUGCAAAAUCAGGAAAUACAAUGAUUAAAUCAAAGAAAUACAUCCUGAAACAAGUCUUAUUGUUAUCUUGUCUUGUUAAAGUUUGUUUGUAUGUUUAAAAUGUAAAAGUAAAAAAAUAAGGACAAAAAAUACAAAGAGAGAGAAAGAUGACUUAACUGGGUGUGUCAGCAACAUUUGAAGGUAAUACAGGUGGUAGGUGAACUCAGUGAGUGGAAAGAUAAAACACAAGAGAGCUGUGGUUCAGUCUGAAACCUUAUAGAGCAUCACAGAUGACUGCUUCACGCACAGAAUAUCCUCCCAGUAGUUUUAUUUUUGUUUUAAAUGUUAUGAAUAUUAUCUCUGAUGCACUUUACAAUGGUAAACUCAGACUUUUGACACAGCUGCUGCACACUUACUCCUCAACUUCUCCUCAAACCCUCAACAGAAGAGCUCAGGGUUGGUGGGUGGAUGAUCUGUUAAUGUCUUCCUGAUUUUCUGCCUUCUCUGGUAAGUUCGAUCACUGAUAAAGACUCCCUUUCCCAUUUGUUGCAGCGUGCGGGAACGUGGCGGCGUCUGUAGAGGAUGAAAGCGAAGGCGACACUGGCUGGAUUGAGGGCGCAGCCAUCCUACUGUCAGUCGUGUGCGUUGUCCUGGUGACGGCGUUUAAUGACUGGUCCAAAGAAAAGCAGUUUCGGGGUCUGCAGAGUCGGAUCGAGCAGGAGCAGAAGUUCACUGUCGUGCGGAAAGGAAAUGUCAUCCAGAUCCCUGUGGCAGGCAUGGUGGUGGGGGACAUAGCGCAGGUCAAAUACGGUGAGGUCACAUCACACAGACAAAGACACUUCACUGGACAGUAAUCUGUUUUUAUACCUUUCAGUGGAGGGUCUAAUACGUAAGGACUGUCUUAUAGCAACGAUUAACCGAAAACAAAUCAACAUUUGAAACAACUUUCUGCUGUCACCGAGGAUCACAAAAUACUAGCUGUUGCACAAGUGGUACUUAUAUUUUUGCUAUUUUGUUUUAUAAAGCCGUGGCUUUCUGCUUUCUCAUGUUCCAAAUAAGUGAACCUUCAUAGAAAGAAUAAAAUAUACUGCAAUAAAGCUGGUGUGGUUUUAGGAUAUUUUGAUCAGAAUAAACUGCAGAAACUUCCUUAGCUGUCAUAGGACCCUGUAGGAGCUCCUUCAAAGAGUGAACACAACUGAGCCUUGGUGCACACUUUGCAGGAAAAACCAACAGGUCAAAACAUCUCCAGGAACUUUGUUAGUUUACUGCAAAAAGUUGUAGACACCCAGGACUCCUCAAAAACUGUAUCACACUGCAUUUUUGCUUGAAACGCUGAUCCCUGCUACACCCGUGUUCCAGGUCAGAGAUCUAUGUGUAGAAAUUUCUGAAAAUGAAAAGUUAUGAACUCUGAGGAGAUUUAACAAAGGUUUGUGCUGUGUGUGUUCAGGUGACCUGCUACCUGCUGACGGGAUCUUAAUCCAAGGAAACGACAUGAAGAUCGACGAAAGUUCGCUCACAGGAGAGUCAGACCAUGUACGCAAGUCUGCGGAUAAAGACCCCAUGCUGCUCUCGGGUACGAGUUCACCUUUUCGUACUUGAAGCUGAAUUUCUUUGACAUUGUUGUGUUAGUUACACCAACAUUAGGGUUUGAGUUAUUCUUGAAACACCAGACCUUUGCUGAUCCCACAAAUUAUCAUUGCAACUAUAUUUGUGUGGAAUAAAUGAGAAAAUCAUGUAAAAAAAAUGCAGCAAAAGGAAACAGAGAAGCAAUAUCAUAAGGUCCAGAAAGGCUGACGUGUGAUUUAUAUGUUUAGGUUAAAACCUGUGCUAACUUUUUUGGCAACUGUGUUGUGUCUCACUGAGUUUGCAUAUACUUGCAUACAAACGGGCAGUUUAAAUUUUGUAAUGCCAAAAGUGUAAAAGCUGCACACAUGCAUCUCAGGUAUCAAAUCGUUAUGCAACAAGAUAUCAUUAAAAUGAUGAAUGCACUCUGGAGCCAGAGCUGCAGAUAUGAUAUAUUUGAUAUUUGAGACACUACAAGUGUUUGCUGAGUUGGAUGUGAAGGACUUGUUUCUAAAAUCCUCUGAGGGUCUGUUGCAGAGCUGUGCUGGAAGCCAGAAAAACAACAAUAUAAUGAAACAUUCUGCUGGUGUUUUUUUUAAUGUGCAGUAAAUCCCAACACACUACACAGUGGAUACAAAGGCCCAUUAUAAAAAAAAAAAUCUUCUUGAAUGACCUGUGAAAGAAAGACAGGGAGAGCAACAGGAGCUGUAAGACUGAGAAAAUACUAGUGAUACAUAAUGACACAUACAGGGUUAAAUUCAUGGGCUGGCAUCUUUAAAAUGUUCUUAUUAAACAGGAGGAAAAAAGACUUUUUAAAACAGUUAACCAAGAAAAUAAAAACAUUUACUUUUUAAGUUUUGGAAAGAUUAUAGUUACAUAAGUGAAAUAUGCAACUGUCUUAUAGAUCAAGUGAAAGCUGUAGGAUGUGAAUAAAACACUAGGUAAUGUCACAUUAAGGGAGUGAUUAAAGCAAAUAAGUCAUUUUUAACUUUUGGACUGAGUCUAAGAUCUGUCACGAUCUGUUCUAGAAACUCCUCCAGCUUCCCUUGAAUAUUUUAGAUGAUACAGCUCUCCUCAGCAGCACAUUGAGCAGUAUUUGUUUGUCUUUAGGUACCCAUGUGAUGGAGGGCUCGGGCAGGAUGCUGGUGACAGCGGUGGGUGUUAACUCUCAGACUGGCAUCAUCUUCACCCUACUGGGUGCUGGAGAGAUGGAGGAAGAAGGGAAGGAGAAGAAAGGUGAGUAAAAGAGAGGAAUCCGUGGAGAGACAUUAAUUUGACAGAGUCAAUGUUCCACACUGCACCGAGAGAAACAUGGAAAUGAAUUGUAAAGAAUUAACUGCAGCUUUGAGGUGAUGUUAGAAGAAGGAGCCUCAGACUGAAUAUUUAAUGAUGACAAAGAGGCACGAAUUGUUCUGUUGAUUAAAGAUGCAAACUAGAGGAGGAAGUUAACAAGUGUUAACAAAAUAUUCAGAAAAAACAGGUUUCAUGCAUCUUGGUUACAGUAAAGAUAGGGCAUUAUUUUAGAGUAAUAUCCAGCCAGUGAACAUGAACUCACAGCCAUUGAUUAGUGAUUAUGAUUACAGACCUACCAGGCACCGACACCCAGAGGGUGGGGGACAACUUAAUGGAAAAAUCAAUAAAAUAAACAGAAAGAGAGACAAAGUGACCAAAAAGAGGAACAGAACAAUGACAAAGAGGCACAAAACAGACACAAAAAUACACAAAACAAACACAAAGAGACACAUUACAGACACAGAGACACAAAACAGACAUUAAAAGACACGAAACAGACACAAACAGACAUCAAAACAGACACAAAACAGACACAGAGACACAAAAGAGACACUAUAAGACAUCAAAACAGACACAAAGAAACACAAAACAGACACAGAGACACAAAAGAGACACUAUAAGACAUCAAAACAGACACAAAGAAACACAAAACAGACACUAUAAGACAUGAAACAGACACUAAAAGAAACUAAACAGACACAAAAAGAAACCAAACAGGCACAAAAAGACACAAAGAGGCACAAAACAGACAGAAAGAAAUGCAAAACAGACACUGAGAGACAAAAAACUGGCAGAGACACAAAAUAAAAACAACAAGGCACAGACUGUUUCUGUAAUAUGCGUCCACUUGCUGGUGUCUUUUAUCCACUCACUAAUUCCACUGACGUAAAGGUUUUCAUUAAUGACAGUUGUGGUUUUCUGUGAUUUGUACUCUCCAUGUAUGAUAACUUCACAAACUCCUUGUUUGCUGCAUUUAUUUUGUAUACACAACCGUCAUCAGGUACAAACAGCCUUUAGGAGACAAAACAACAACACAAACACACAAAAACAGCCUAGAAGAGAAACAGAAACAACACAAACACAGAAACAUAGAAAAACACUGUCACUGUUGUUUUGUGUCUCCUCAGUCCUGGGGUUUUGGGUCUCAUAAUCCACACACACACCAUGGCCUCUGUGCAUGCGUCUCUCUCUCUCUCUCUCUCUCUCUCUCUCUCUCUCUCUCUCUCUCUCUCUCUCUCUCUCUCUGUCGAAAUAGUUGGGUGCCUAACUGAUCUGAGAUAAGAGCUCCGACAGGAAACACACCAGUUUAACCUCAUCGAUAAUUUAGCCCACAUCCUCCCCAUCCUUCCCUCUCUCUCACCCUCUCUCCCACUUUCCCUCUCGCCCACCUCCCCCUCUCUUUCAGACUCUUCAUCAUCUCUCUUUCUCAUGUUUACCCCUCUCCUGUGCCCUCUUUCACUUUCCUCUCUCCCUUUUCCCUCCCCCCUCAUUCCUCUCCUCUUCCUCCCUUAAUCUGAGCGAGAGAGUCUGAAUCACACUGAAUCAAUUAUUGAGAGAGCGGGGGAGAUUCAGGGAAGAGUGUUGGUUGGUCAAAGCAUUAGUGUCUGUGCUGAAAUUUGUUUUGGACGCUUCCUGCAGUCAGAGCAAGCUGCAGACAACAACAGAGGCUGCACGUACUUUCAGAAGCACUUAAGGUUAAUGUCAUUACCGGAGCAUCCAUCCGUGCUUCUUCUUCUUCAUCUUCUUCUUCUUCUUCUUCUCUAGCUGCAGCUUUGCCCUGCACGGGAAUGUUUCAAAGAUGAUUUGUGCUUCUUCAAAGAGAGCAGAACAUGCAGAGAUGCAGCAGCUGACAGAAACAAAUGGGAUGAUUUGAUGGAGAAGGAUCCGUUUUUUAAGAGCUGUUGUGGUGUGAUGCAGUGGGUGCUGCAGCCUCUGUGGGCUCCAUUAUUCAGACAGUCAUUUACUGGAGCUCAUACAUUAUUCAUACGACUUCUACAAAUGCCAGAACUUGUUAGUUUUUCUGCAUGUGAUGUGGGUUUGCUGUGGGGCUGUUUACUUCUCUCUUUGAUCUGUCUCUCUGAUUUCAGUUGGAGGUUAUAUUUAGUUCAUUUUUUUAAUUUCUGUUAAAACACAUUUAUAACUUGCGUUUUUAUACUUUGCUUUUUGCUCUCUUUUGUUCCCCCUUUUUUGACCGAAUCCUCUCAUGUGCCCCCCCUCCUCACACGCCCCCCCAAACAGAGGACAGUCCUCAGUGUCCCACCUCCACAGAAGCCAGUUUCAGCACAGUGACCAAUGGUAUGUGAGCAUUGAGUUGUGUGCCCCACCCCCCGCCCCUCCCUCAGCCAAUAAAUAGCCUUCAGUGCUCAGUGCAGUGACCUCUGACCUCUGAUGGAGUCGUAGAAAUGUCUCUCAGUCUCUAACCUGGUGUAUUGAGAUGUGUAAACCUCCAUUUCUGCUCCCUUUGGUUUGUUUUUGUGCUUUUUGUUGGUGGUUGGUCAUCCCUCAGCUCACAUGUGAAUGCUCUGCUGACUCAUGACUGUUCAUCAGUCUCUGUUUAACUCCUCUUCUCUUUCUCUCAGGUAAACAGCAGACAGAUGGAGCUGUGGAGAAUAAUCAGAACAAAGGUAAAAACUGUCAACAUGUUUGUGCCUCCAGUUUGGUAUGGAUGUGGGAUGAGCAGAGGAGUUAUUUUCACAAAAAAACCAAAAAACAAGCUAAGACAAUCGGGACGUUUCCAUGCACGCUAAAGAUGAGUAAUCGUUAAACCUCGUUUAGGGGAUUUAACUUGUUCACUGUCUUUGUCCAAGUCUACAAACACAAGCCAGAAAAAAACAUGAUCUGCUCCUGCUACAGUAGGAGGCAGUAUGCUCAUUAAUUCUGGGCUAUCUCCUAGUUGACCCAAUACAACAUGUACCAAAACAAUUGACAAACAAAUCGGCAAGUCGCUAAGAGAAUGUAGGUCAAACAGUGCAAACACCAGAGCUGAUACAGCGUGACACUGCAGUGCACACAGGGCUGCAGUUUCAUGCCCUUAUUAUAUGGUCAAUAAAGUUGAGUACUCAUAAACUUAUCGGGAACAUUAAGUACAAACUUCAAACAUACAAGGACGUGACAUCCAUUCGUUUAAGACCACAGGUGCAAACUACUCUCGGGUUACGGGCAGGUUUAUAAGCCUGACCCAGGCUUCUCUCAAAACCUGUCUUUACAAUAAAUAUACAUAUAAAAAAGACAGUAACACUUUAUAUGAACCCACCUCUUAGAAUGCAUACAAGCACAUUUAUAAUGCCUUACAAAUGAGGCUUUAUAACAACCAUUAUAAGUGAUUAUAAACAUUCACAACAGCUUAUAGCAAUGUUAAUGAAGAGUUACAAGAGUAAACAUAAACAGAAGGUUUUAUGGAUGUGCUUAGGAUGCAUUAUAAGAGGUGGAUCAUGUAACAUGUUAACGAGAAAACUUCAGACAGUGAUGGAGAAUGAGGCCCAGUGCCUUAAAGGUGGGGUAGGCAGGAUCUGAGGAAGUGCCAGUUUCGGGGAGAAAUCUUGAAUGUAAACACUACCCCCCUUACAACUAGUUUUCCCCUCAGCUCCUCCUCUGCCCUUCUUCUCUGCUCCAGGAAGCCCCGCCCACAAAUAGAUGCUUCUGCUCGCUUGUUUCAUUUCAAUUAAAUUCAGAUAUAAUGCAGAUAAAUACUUAAGAUAAUUACAAAUGGGGCCCAUUCAACGUGACAGUAAAAAGCAUUGGUGCUACUGUAGAUGCCAAUAGACUACCAGCAAACACGUUUGCAGCACUUUUUAGCUCUUGCCCUGGUGGUCUACCUCCUUUUUAAGCAGAGGUUAAGCGGACAAUUUUCUGUACUUUCUGGUUGGUUUCUACUGUCUGAUAUUGUAGCACACUAACUUUGUUUGGGCUUCUGAACGAUACAGGUAGCAGCGUCUGCCUCACAACCAAUCAGGAUAGGGGAGGCGGAGAAUGGCUUUGUUUACAGUCAGAAAGAGCGGAGCGCUCAAAAACUUUAAAAUGUUGACUACACAGACAUAACAAAACAAAGCAAUAUCAUUGUAUUACCAAAUUUCAUCAAUAACUAAGAGCUAUUGACUGAUAUUAAAAGCUUUUUUGUAUAUACACCACAAAAAAAGAUCUUCUUUAAUGGAUUCCUGCCUACCCUACCUUUAAUACAGUACUGAAACUGGUGUGGAUGAGUUCACUGCAGGUGCAGAGCAGAUCUGAGGUUGUUUUUUGUUUUUUUUCUUUUGUGUUUCAGCCAAGAUGUCGGAUGGGGGUGUUGCCAUGGAGAUGCAGCCUCUGAAGAGUGCAGAAGGAGGUGAGGUGGAGGACCGAGAGAAAAAGAAGACCAGCGUCCCGAAGAAAGAGAAGAGCGUGCUGCAGGGCAAACUUACCAAACUGGCUGUUCAGAUCGGCAAAGCAGGUAAACCAACAGCACACCUAAUCGGAACAGCUGUGGUUCAGGAACUUUCUGCACCGAAAACAAACACAUCGGAAAUGUGAAAUUUAGCAGAAGAUGUAAUAAGUCUUGUGAUUCUUUAUCAUAGCUCUUUAACAGACAAGUUUAAGGUGUGAUCUUUUUGUAAAUUUGGUGAAAUGAGAUUACACAGAUGACAUGGUGAAGUGAUUUAAAGUCAAGAUUUAUCAAAUGACAUACUGAUAUCCUCUCUUUGGUCUCUUUUUCUCCCCUCAGGUUUGGUGAUGUCAGCCAUCACCGUCAUCAUUCUGGUGCUGUACUUUGUCAUCAACACGUUUGUCGUUGAAGGUUUGUGUGUACACAUCUGAGGAAAAAAAACACACAUUAACACAUACUGAAACUCCUAGCUACACCAAUUGUGUGUCCUAUCCAUGUUCUCUGACAUGAAGAUUUUAAUUGGGUCAAAGUCAGAUUAGAUUUUUUUUUUUAAAUUUGAUUGAAUUGAAGAUGUUUCAGCAAACUGAUAUUAGUGUAGUUUUAAAGUAGUCUAAUUAAAGAAUAUGUUUUUCAGACAGGAGCACAUUAAAUUGAUAAUUUGAAACUUUAUCCACUUUGUGAAUAAAUGAAGAAGUAUAAUUAGUAUUUGCUAAAUAAGUCAGCAUCUGCUUUUACACUGCAGGGGAUCAUGUGUUACCUAAAAGAGAAGGUUUGUGUUGAAGUGAAGCUCCACUCCGAUCAUUUCAGGGACAUUUUAAGAGGACAAAGCAGACUAAUGACUCGGACAGUUAACAUCGUCUUAACACACUGAAUAAUGUGUGGCAGGUCGCUCAUGGUUGGCAGAGUGCACUCCGGUCUACAUUCAGUACUUUGUCAAGUUCUUCAUCAUUGGGGUCACUGUGUUGGUCGUGGCCGUCCCAGAGGGCUUACCGCUCGCCGUCACCAUCUCUCUGGCUUACUCUGUCAAGGUAAGAAAUCUCUGAAAGCUCUCUGAACAAAUUUCUUGCUUCUGUUUAAUUGAUAUUUUCAUGCGUUCAUACCGAACACAAGCAGAUGUAACCCCUGAAUUCCUCCCAGAGUGGGAUUAUUAAGGUUUUUCUGGCUCUAAAGUCUGUGUUUGUUUAAAACUAAUGUUUGAUUUGAAGUUUGGUUCGUGCCUGACCGAAAAGCUUCUGGUGUGUACCCUGGUUUGGGAGACUCCAUGUGAAAGUUUGCUUAUGUACCAAACAGUUUGCCAUCUCACUAACAAACAGUGAAAUUUCCUUCAAUUCAUUUUCUCAUGUUAAAUGUGGAGUGAGUUUCUGUAACCACGGAGAAAUUUGGUCUAGUUUAACACAUUGGGAUUUUUUUUUUUUUAUUUAUGAUAUAUUUUGGGUUUUUUUCGGCUUUUAUUCUGAAAGGACAGACAGUGGCUUGAGCAGGAAACUGUAAAAGAGAGAAGUGGGUAGGAGCCUGUGAAAGGAAGUACAGAAGUGCAAGAUCCUGACCCUCCAGCUUGAGGACUGUUGCUUCUGUACAUGGGUUGCCCGACUUCAGCUCUAGGCCACACUGGGGCCCCCUCUGUAUUAGUUUGAUAUGAAGUACAGAUUUAUCAGUUUGUAAAGAAAUGCAUGCCUCUGUGUUGGACACUGGAGGUAUCUGUAAGAAAUGUUGUGUUGUACUGUAGUAUUUUCUACCAUCACUGAUGUAAAAUUACCCGACUUUCUUUACUUAAGUAGCCUCAUAAAACAUUAUAAAGGCUUUUUGCAAAAAUAAAUUUUGGUCUCAAAACUGACCAGAGUUGUUGGGAUGUCGGAUAUGAUGGCCUUUCAGUUUUCAGAGUCUGUGUCUCGAGUUGAAAGCUAACUUUAUCCUCCCUCUGUUACAUCUAAAUAUUUUUCUUCUGAUUGUUUAUGUUUUCACUUUAAGCUGGUAGGUUAUGUUAUGAUUUGUACAAGGAUGCUUAACUGGAUCAUGUUAAAGAGAAAUAGAUGAGGACCCAGGAUUGAGCCUUGGGGAACUCCACAUAUCUUGUCAGUAUGCUUGGAUGAAUCAUAAAGUGUCACAGAAUUCUUCCUGUUAUAUGAGAGUCACACUUAUACCAGCACUGAUUCACUCCAUCCAGGUUUAGUCUAUUUUGGGUUUUACUAUGUCAGAGUUUAAAUUCUAAGUGGGUCUUUAAACUUUCACCUGAAUCAUAAUCAUCAUACCUGAAUAUUUAUACUUUAUAUUGUGCAGCUGAUUUAUCAAUUGUGCUGUAUUAGGUUGAGUAAAAGUCCAAUUUAAAGCAAAAUAAGUAAACCAGACCUCGGUUAAUGAAAUGAAUUUGCCCCAGUGCGUUGUAAAUCAUUAAUUUCCUCCUCUCAAUCCAUUAUCAUUCACUCCUGUCCCGCCCUUCCUUCCACCUCUCUGUCACAUCCUGUCUGCCCUCUGUCACUCCCUCAUUUGUAGAAAAUGAUGAAGGACAACAAUCUCGUACGUCACCUGGAUGCAUGUGAGACAAUGGGAAAUGCCACGGCCAUCUGCUCCGACAAGACGGGCACCCUCACCACCAACCGCAUGACGGUGGUUCAAGCGUUCGUAGGUGAGCCAAAAGCAAAUGACCCUGAGCAGUUAACUUGUGCUGUAAAAUUCUGUAGGAGACAGGUGUCGAUCCUGGGCUCUGCCAUGAAUCUUAUAUGAUAUCUGAAGUUGACAACUGUAUAGAUAUUUUAUUACAGCAUGCUUUGUUUUUUCUUUGUCUGUGCUCCUUGUCUGGAGGUGAAGUUCUGAACAAAAAGUAGUAAUGGCCUUGUAAAUCUAAUUGAUAUUUCACAUUUUACCUGGAGUCAAGUACUCCCCACUGAAACUAAUAUAAAUGAAGAUAAAGCCCUUUUUCUGCCACUAGCUUGUUCCUGUUUCUGUAUCACUGAAUAAAAUGUGCCAUAGUGCCCGCAUACACUGACCUCAUUGACGUCUGUUCAUGCAUCAUAUCUGUGACAAAAAGCAGACGGAUAAUGCAUGCAGGCUGAAUGUAGAGAAAUAUAAUUUAUGUGCAUUAAAGUCAGGUUGUUCUUGUCCAGGUGACGUUCACCAUCGUGUGAUCCCAGACCCUGGGCAGAUCAACCCCCGGACUCUGGAUCUGUUAGUCAAUGCUAUUGCAAUCAACAGCGCCUACACCUCGAAGAUCAUGGUGAGUCAUGCACACACACACACACACACACACACACACACACACACACACACACACACACACACACACACACACACACACACACACACACACACACACAGAUGCUAUUGUUUUUCAGAGGGUAUCUCCUGCCUGUUCUCCAUUUUUGAAAACCAUUUUUUAUAUGGUAAUUUUUGAUCACCAUGUCUUCUUACCUCUUACCUCCUUUACUCCCUCCCUGUCCUCUGUGAUCCCCCACCUCCUCCUUUUUGUCAGCCCCCUGAUGUGGAGGGGGGUCUGGCUAAGCAGGUGGGCAACAAGACAGAGUGUGGCCUGCUGGGAUUUGUUUUAGACCUGCAGCAGGACUACACCCCUGUCAGAGAGCAGAUCCCCGAGGAGAGACUGUACAAGGUAAAACCCCGUACCCCCACCACACACAGAGCUGUCACAGAGCAUCAAUUUGCCCUGUAUUAAAGUUUAUGUCUAGGAUAGCUUUAAAAGAGUUCAAAAUCAUUUUUUUACUCCCGACUUCAAAAUGUUAUUGGCAAAACUUAAGAAGCACCACAACCACAUUAUAAAUGAACAUUUCUGGUUUUUAAAACAGCACUAUCACUGAGGCUUUACACAUCAGGGGUUGAUAUUUGGUUUCCUGGCUCUCUGUUAUUGUCCACGUGACAUUCACCAUUGUGUGAUUUGUCUAUCUCUGUACCGAGGCUGAGGCAUCAAAAUGUCCCUGCCUAUGAACUGUGUUAAACUUUACAGAUUAGCUCUAUGUACAUUUGUUUCAGACAUGCAUAAAGCAGCAGUUUCAAACUCAAACUACAUUUUUUUGAGUUUUGAAUAUUCAGUCUCCUAUUGUUUUCAGGAAGAUGCAAUGUAGAAUUUGUGUUUUCAGAGUACGGAAUAUAAAGAUAUUAAAAAAGACAAAUAAAAUUUAGUCUUGAAGAACAACCUAUUGACAUCGUAAAAACAUCAGAUUUUAUGGAGUUUAAAAAAAUAGACUAGAUUCAUGAAAACCAACUUUAAAAACAGAAUUUCCUCCUCUGAACCAUGUGUUUGUUGGAUCUGCUGCAUGUUAGGAUUUUUAUCAGCUAUUACAAAUUUUAUUAUUUAACUUUGACCAGGAGAAAUAUUAUGCUUAUACUUUACAAGAGGUUGUCUUACAGAAUUUUAUAUUAUUUAAUGCAGUAACAGGUUUUCAGUCAUUAUCUUGUGGAAGCAAAGUCAAAGGAGUGAAUGAUAGAUUCUGAAAAACAGCUCUGAACCCCCUCAGACUCAGACCCUCUUAUAUUUACAUACCAGACAUUAUGGGAACAAACCACACUCUUUCUUUCUUUCUUUCGCUCUCAGGUUUAUACAUUCAACUCUGUCCGUAAAUCCAUGAGCACGGUGAUCAAACUGCCUGACGGAUCCUUCCGCCUCUACAGCAAAGGAGCCUCUGAGAUCAUGCUGAAGAAGUGAGUGAUGGAGGAGGGUUAGGGAGGUGGAGGAGAUCUGGUGUCAGAUAGAACUGUCAGAAGACACCGCCCUGAAAGUUUUCAUUUACAAAACAAAAUCUUUUCUCUGUCCUCAGGUGCUCCUACAUCAUGGAUGCUAACGGAGAGCCUCGCAGCUUCCGCCCCCGCGACAGAGACGAGAUGGUCAAACAGGUGAGACAUCUUGGUUUGAAGAUUGAGCUGGAGGGCAUUAUUUUCUUUGAAAUGAUUCAUAUUCAACUGAUAUUUUUCAGUGUAAAGAUACAUAUAGUCAAAGAAAUGAAAGCAGCAUGUCAACAAAAACACCCACGUAGGAGUUUCUCUAUUUCUCCAUCCCCUCAAUCUUAUGACAGUCUGAAUCACUGCUUUAUGUCCACAGUCUUUACCUUGUGAUUGGUCACCCAGGACAGCCUAUGAUGAAGGAGAGAAAUUAUGAUGAAUUCCUAUUAUGGACUUUGUGAAUUUGUUCUUAAAAGUUUCAGUUUUGUCGUGUUUCGAAGACACACAGUACCCUAUCCUUGAGGUCCUGUUAUGUCUCUUCCUCUGCUGUGAUUUUAAAACCUGUUGUUUGUUUUAAUCAAAUAAGGAUUUUAAAAUUAAAAUACAGUAUAUAACUUUUUUACUUCUUCAACAGUUUUCUCUUGUUUUGACCUCUCAUUUUUUAUUUGAACUCAGCAAAGAGUUCUUAAUAGUUUAUUAUUUUAUCCUGACAGUCCUUAGUGCAGAUGGAAUUGAGGCAGACUGACAAAAUGUCUCCAAACCACGACAGGAGGUCCUCCUAACUGAGUCCAAAUACAGUAUUGAUAUCAGAGGUCAGAUUUCUGUAGAGGACUCAGCAGAGGAGACGGUGAGGGUCGUCACUUUGUCACAAACUGGACCGAGGACGCAGGACAGCGUUUCCAGUGUGUCAUUCUGAUAUGAAUUAAAGUGGAUCCUCUUGGUGGAACAGAAAACCGAGACGCUGAGUCGCGCCUAAUAAACGCUGCCUAAAUACUUUAACAGUGGUUUCAAUGCUCAGUUUUAAUGAUAAUAACAUUAUACGCUUCCUUCUAAGGAGUUAGGUGAGAGGUUUGAUACCACUCCUCUGUCUGUUAUCUGAGAGUCUGAUUCACUAAAGCAGUGAGCAGCUCCUGCGCUGUUAAACCUGAGCUGAUGGACACUGGCUAGAGUUAAAUGCACUGAAGACCUCCAUGUGAGGUGAAAUCAGUCCCUAACUCACAAACACUGGUGCUCACAGCCACAAGCUGUUGGAGUGAAAUUUUCAUUGACUGCUGAGGGUUUGUGCGAACAGCAGUAGUAUUUAAGAUGAUGUCAUGCUGAAACUUUCCCAUGAUCAAGGCAACAAUUUCACUUCUGGAUGUCCCAAAAAUAUCACACCUGUACAUAAAGUCUGUCAGUGUCAGCUUUUAGUCGGGGGGGUAAAUCAAUCAGAGUUUGUCCAUGGCUCAGCCCACUUAGGGGCUCUCUCUCUCUACAUGUGUGGUGAUGGUCUGAAGCCUUUGGACAGGAUCAGGACGGUCAUUUAAAGCUGCUCUUGGAGAAACUUCUGACAUAAACGGAGAAGCUUGAAUCUCAUCUCAUCAUGACUCAUCUUCCUAUAGCACUCUAAAUUUUAUCUUCUCUCCAUCCAGCUCAUCUGCUGUAUGUGGAUUGUUAGGAGUUUUGUCAGGAUGAGAGUGCACAGUGGAGCUCUGCUUCGCAGAGAGUGUUAAUGUUGAUGACUCAUCUUUGCAGUCAGACCCAACACAAGAGCAAACUGCACAGGGCUGCAAAACUCUGUGGAUGCAGUUGCGCUUGUGUUUUCAUCUGUGUAAUGCCCUUUGGGAAAACGAUACCAGGUGAUAUUUGCAACCACAAUCUGUUCUUAGUGAAUCUGCCCCUGAAUGUAAAACUGAUUAUACCUGAAGCAGAGAGAAGCAAGCCCUCUCAGCAAGCCCUCUGUCCAAACUGCAUGCAGCGUGUUACAGAAACUAAAACAUACAGGGUCUUCAAGGGCAGACAGUCUGCAACAGCUCUGCAAAUGCAGAAACAAUACAACUUCAGAAGCACAUACUAAAACAAAUGCAACUUUAUGCUGCAGAAAGCUGCUCAAAAUAGCAGCUACACAGAACCUGCUUAAAUCUCAAGCAGUGAAAAAAAUAUCAUCCCUGCAUUCCUCACCAUGUAUUCACUGUGGCUGGUGAUCCAACUCAGACUCUCCUGGUUGCAGUAAUCUGAAUGUUACGCCCUGAUGUCUUGCUUUGCGGCUUUUUCCUCCAAACAAGUUCAGUUUCUGGUCAUUUACCUGAUCCUUUUUAACGACAAAGCUGUGUCACUUAGCGCCAAGCCCCUCUGUUAACAAGUCUCAUUUGCAUCUUUUACCUUUAUCUGCAGUUGUUUUCUGAUUUUGUGCAUCUUUGCUGGACAUCAUUUGUAUAUUUGCAGUGCAUUUGCUGUUAAUGCAGUCCUUCAUGCUUUUUGCAGCCCCCUUUUUUUCAGUUGCAGAGCCUUUCCAUCGCCGUUUUUUUUUUAACCUUUGCAGAUUCUUUUAAAGAUGUAUUUUUCAUGCAUUUGCUUGUUUUUCCCCCUUAUUAAAAUCAUUCUGGCUAUUGCACACUAUCUAAGCUUGUGGGUCACUAUGUACAUGAGCAUUACAGCUCAGUGAAGCAUGAGCAACAGCAGUCUUAUCAGUAUCGUUUUAGUUCAAACUCAAAGACCCCGAUAAGAUGAUAAAAUCCUUCUUCAAACAAACAGAGAGUCAACUGAGGAUUUCUCUAGACACAGGAGAGAUUUCAUCGUACUGUUUGGAUCAAGUAGAAAGUAGAGCAGGUGAGUUCAGUUUAUUCCGAAGUCAUUUGAAAGUUUUUUAUUUUUUAAAUUGAAGACGAGAAAAGAGGUGGAGAAGAUAAAAGCAUGCGUAACAGCUUCUACUUCUCCAGAAUUAGAAAAAAGAUCCUGUUCCUGCAGUGUUUCUGAGAGGAUUAAAACAUGACUGGACAAGCAUGAAUCCCUGUCAAACAAAACAUCAAGGUUUCGUGCAGCAGGCUGGAGAUGAUGUGAGCCUCAAACUAAAAUUUAAUGAAACUAUCUGAGAAGUUUGGAGGGAAAAUGUCUAUUUGGAAGAAUUCUUAACAAGGAGCUCCAGCCAGCCUUAGGGAACAGGGAGAGAGAGAGAGAGGAAGAGAGAGAGAGAGAAAACAAGCGAUAUUCUGUCACAGAUUGUGGAUUAAAAUAUGAAAUAUUUUCUCUAAUCUUGACAUGCCAUGUACAGUGUUUGAGUUAAUAUGCUGAGACAGUGUGAGCUAAAGUGUGUAAUAGUCUUUAGUCAGGAAGGACAGCAGAGCGGGACAACAUGCAGUAAAGGGACAAUGAUUGACAUGGAUCUGCAGUGGUGUCAUAAUCAGCAGACAAACAAAUGUUUCAGAUAUUCAAAAAUAACCUAUCCUGCUGUACCAGUCUGGGUCUUGCUGCUGUAUUUCUGCUCGUACAGUCUCUGCAGAGUGUAGUUUCACUGACUGACGGGCUGACUGACCUAAAUCUGGCUCAUGAUGAACACAGCUUGUGCCCAGAGAAAAAUAACUCAGCUCCUUACACAACUUUAUUCCAGCUCGCUUGUUUCGUUUGCAUUUUGGCAUCUUUAUGUCACCUCCUCUCUCCAUCACGCUGUCUUCAUUCUGCUGUCUGUGAGGGGGCCGGGGGUCUUUCCCCUCAGCCGUGUCAGAAACAACCACAAAGGUACUCGCAAGGUCAGCGCACAGAAACUUCAGACCGUGCUGCAGUUUCUCACGGUCUAAUCAUCAUGGGACUUUUCAUAAACUGAAAUCUGUUUGUGGAAAAGCUCAAACCUGUGAAUGAUUGAUUGACAGGUUAUUGAGCCGAUGGCGUGUGAAGGCUUGAGGACCAUCUGCAUUGCAUUCCGUGACCUGCCAUCCAAUCCGGAGCCAGAAUGGGACAAUGAGGCAGAUAUUGUGACAGAGCUGACCUGCAUCACUGUGGUGGGGAUCGAAGAUCCUGUGAGGCCCGAGGUAAAAGGACUGUCAGUGAUGUUUAUAAUAUUUCAAUUAAAUCUGCUUGUCAAAGUUGAUCGGUGUUGUGUUCUCCCCUCUGCAGGUUCCUGACGCCAUCCGUAAGUGUCAGCGCGCGGGCAUCACAGUGAGAAUGGUGACGGGGGACAACAUCAACACAGCCAGGGCCAUCGCUGCUAAAUGUGGCAUCAUCCACCCUGGAGACGACUUCAUCUGUCUGGAGGGCAAAGACUUCAACAGACGAAUCAGGAAUGAGAAAGGAGAGGUGAGCCCGGGUCUGAGGGGGUCAGAGCAGGUCAAAGCAGGGGACACUGACAGUUAUAUGAAACAAUGGAUGUUUGUAAAAUAUCUGAUGUGACAGGGAUGUGCUCAGUCGACAGCAUUGUUUGGUCACAUGGUUGAUUAUCAUGCAGAUUCUUAAAGUCACUUCUGGACUUCAUUCAUGAACUGUUUGUAAAUCUGGGCUUAGUUCUGCAGAAAAUGGCCUCCGUGUCAGAGACAUUCAUAAAACUUUUAUUGAGUCAUAGGUUUAUGUGUCUUUGAAUCCCAAUCAGUUAUAAAACGACAGUGCCCUCUUUUUGGUGAGCAAUCAGCACAAAUCCUCACCUGCAAAUAGCCAAAGAUAACCAUACAAAGAAGUGAUUAUAUGUGCUUCCUGUAGGCUGGAGAGCAUGGUGCAGAGAAAAAAAACAGACAAAGCAGACAAAUGCAGAGAGUGAAUUUGAAUAAAAGCUGAAUAAAAGUAAAGAAAGAUUUUGUACUCCUAUCAAUAGAAGGCUGUUAGUGCGCUCUGUAAGAGUCUGAGUCGCUCUGUGGGCUUCACAAAAAGAUCCAAGCGAUAAAACUAUAGAUGUAUGUGGAUCACACAUGAACUCCCUCCUGUGAACAGUUUCCACACAACUCUGUUCAGUUGAGGUUGGAUGAAGGAGACCCCUUUGGAGGAAAUCUUUAAUGUUUUCUGGGAGAAGGCUGCAUUUUCCCAUGAGCACCAUCACCCAAAGACGUGUGCCUUUCCAGAGUGUGUAUUUAUUGUGGAAGCCAAUAAGUGCAGAUCUUUUUAGUGAUACUUUUCUUUGUUUAGAGUAACUUGGAGUUAUCAAAGAAGAGACAGGCUAACAGAUUCUGUCAUUUUUAUAACCACCCCUCUUUCUUCUUUAAUCUCUGUCUGAUCAGAUCGAACAGGAACGUAUCGAUAAAAUCUGGCCCAAACUCCGUGUGCUGGCUCGAUCCUCACCGACAGACAAACACACCCUUGUUAAAGGUGAGUCUAAAGUUAAAAAUCAUUUAUUUAUUUGAGUUCUUAAUCAUUUAUUCUCUCGCACUGACGGUCUGUUUUCUCCCUACUCUCUGUUUUCAGGAAUCAUUGACAGUAGUGUGAUAGAACAGAGGCAAGUCGUCGCAGUAACAGGUGAUGGAACCAAUGACGGACCAGCUUUAAAGAAGGCCGAUGUGGGCUUUGCCAUGGUAACCUGACACUUCAUUCUUAUUAAUGUUAAUGUGGUACUACAGGUGUUACAGCCUUAUCUCACUUGAAGUCCAACACAUAUACUGAAUGUUUUACUGUUUCUGAGUGUAAAUCUAAAGGAUUCCAUCAGAAAAAUGGCCGUGUGAAACUUUGGUCAAAAAUGUGAGUGUGUUAUUGUGCUGUGUACAGUGUGUGUUGAUUUCGGCUGCAGGCCCUCCUCAGGCUCAGAACAGCAGUGAAACUCCAACAAGACUUCACUGCACGAAUGCUCACAUGAUUCAUGUGGCAUGUGUCUUGUUUUAGGGUAUCGCGGGGACGGAUGUGGCGAAGGAGGCGUCUGAUAUUAUCCUGACUGACGACAACUUCAGCAGCAUCGUUAAGGCCGUGAUGUGGGGACGAAACGUCUACGACAGCAUCUCCAAGUUCCUGCAGUUUCAGCUGACAGUCAACGUGGUAGCUGUGAUCGUGGCCUUCACUGGGGCCUGCAUCACCCAGGUAUAAACCCACACAAACACCUAAAUACACACAUCACCCAGGUACACAUGCACACACACACACUUAAAUACAAACAUUGUACAUUAUAGCAGUAAACACACAAACUUACAACACAGAUAUUUUAUGUAUGUAAAGUAUUCAUGUUCAGGGAUAUCAACCUGCAUGUAUGUCUUUGUAUCUUAAUUAUAAAUCAAUAAUUUCAUUAAGAAAGCAACAGAAAUUUAAAUAUUUACAGUUGAAACUUUUCUUAUAUUUAAAGUCUUUUUUUUCAGGUGUUUGAGGUUAAGCAGUUAAAGUUCCUUUAGAGCAGUGGUUCUCAAGUCCAGUCCUCGAGGCCCACUGUCCUGCAUGUUCCAACACACCUGAUUCAAAUGAUCAGCUCGUUAUGAAGCCAUUACAGAGCUUGAUAACGAGCUGAUCAUUUGAAUCAGGUGUGUUGGAGCAGGGAAACAUCCAAAACAUGCAGGACAGUGGGCCUCAAGGACUGGACUUGAGAACCACUGGUCUAGAGCUUCUGACUAAAUACUUAGAGAGCCAUAAAUAGUGAUCUGAGUGGCAACUUGUGACAGAGCAAUGCUAGUAAAUUACAAGACAAUGAAAAAAGACAAAAAAAUAGACCCUGUUCAAUCACUACAGUCUGAAUCUGGACUCAAGUGAACCUGGUCCCAGAUUAACACUCUUACACUCUGGAUCUGAAUCUGUGUGUGUCUUUGUGUGUGUGCAGGACUCUCCUUUGAAAGCAGUGCAGAUGCUGUGGGUCAAUCUGAUCAUGGACACCUUUGCCUCUCUCGCUCUCGCCACUGAGCCCCCAACUGAGGCGCUGUUACUACGGAAACCAUAUGGACGCAACAACCCACUCAUCUCUCUGACCAUGAUGAAGAACAUCCUAGGACACGGAGUGUAUCAGCUUGUCAUCAUCUUUACCCUGCUGUUCAUAGGUAUACACACACCCACGCACGCACGCACGCACGCACGCACGCACGCACGCACGCACGCACGCACGCUUCUUCCUCCUCUUCUUGCUUUGACUUCUUAUCUAACUCUUGUCUUACUUCUUGUCUUCCUUUUCUUCCUCUUCUCAUUUUUCCUCAUUCUUAUCUUACUCUUUUUCCUUUUCUUUCUUGUACACCUUUUCUUCUCUCUCUCCAUUCUCUUCCUCCUCUUCCUCUGAUUUCUGUUCCUCCCCUUGUUUGUUUUCUCAUUUUUGUCUUCCUCUUCUUUUUGAUCAUCCUUCUCAUCUACUCCCUUUUCUUUAUUAUCUUCCUCCUCCUCUUCUUUCUUCUUGUAUUUCUCCCUCCCUUUUCUUCCUCCUUUAUUUCUUGUUUAUAUUUUCUCUGUUUCUUCCUCACCCCUCCCCUUAUUCAUUCUCUCCCUUUUCUUUUUAUCUCCCUUCUAUUUUGUUGUCAUCUUACCUUUUUUAUUCCUCAUCUUUGCCUUCUCCCUCUCAUCCAUCUUCUUAUCAUCCUCUUCCUUGCCCUCCCACUCUUCCUCCUGUAGGCGAACGCAUGUUUAACAUCGACAGUGGCCGUAACGCUCCUCUCCACUCUCCGCCCUCUGAACACUACACCAUCAUCUUCAACACCUUCGUCCUUAUGCAGCUCUUCAACGAGAUCAACGCCCGAAAGAUCCACGGUGAGAGGAACGUCUUUGACGGGAUCUUUGCCAACCCCAUCUUCUGCUCCAUCGUUCUGGGGACCUUUGCUGUGCAGGUGAAGUUUGAAGCUUUUUUCAUAUCUGAAAUCAAGUAGUUCAGACACAGUGAAGGAGAGAAAGAUGAUGAUAUGGCAUUUAGGGAGCUCUAUGUUUUUGUAUGAGCUACCAGAGGUCCCUCUGAAUUCUGGUUCAGACUGAGAUCUCAGUCUCUGUUCAUGAGACUGAGAUCAGACCUGUAUUCCCUGAGAAGAAUGCUGUGAUUUAUUGAAGUGUCGGCUGAAUAUUUUGAGAUUAUUUUAGCUUUCUUACAAGUUUAGAUUCCAGGUAGAAGUAAUAUUUUGUUAUCAUUUUGGCUGACAGAGCUGAAGUGAGUGAGCUGUUCGUAAAUGCUGAGUUAUAAGGUACCGCCAAGGCUUUGUUUGGAAGAUACAACUGUAAUUCACAGUAUCAGUUUGAUUCAUCAGGGGCUCCUCCAGACCUUAAACAACCAUGAAAAGACUUAAAUGAUUAAUGAAUAAUGAUUUUAAAGGCCUUCAUUUUUACUUGGAGAUUUGUAAAUUUGUGGAUGGUACAUGGACUGAGAUCUGUCCGAGUGAAUACUUGAUCAAAUCCACUCUGUAGAAGUUACAUGGUUAACUUUUGAUCAUCUUUGUGGAAAACUGGCUUUACACUAAAUAGACUUACUGAAAAGCUCAAAAACUACGUUUCCAGAGUGUUUCUCUGUUCAUCUGAACAAUUACUAAGAUAUUUUUAGGUCACCUCUCAACUGACUGUCAUUGCCACAUGUCUCCUGUCUGAAUCCUCUUCUCCUUUCUGCUCUGUGUGACUGUAAAUGGGUCCAUAAUUUACAGAAUAACCAUCACAUAGACAGUAAACUAGAGACUGAGAGCAUAAACUCAUUAAGAAAAGGUUUACUGAUGGAGACGAAGGAGCAUUUUCUCAUAAACUAUUAUACAAACAGACUAAUUUUUAGCCCUAGAGGACAUCAGAAAAAAAAGCAAGUGUUGUUUGUCUCACUUUCCAGUCCCAGAGUCUGUAUCCAAUCUAUGAUUAUUGUUCACUUUCUUCUUCCUGGCAGCUAAGAUUAUGAUUUUAUAAAAGUUUCUGUGAUUUCAAACAUCAGUCUGAUCAAACUGAGGCCUACAAAGCUGCAGAGUUCUGAAGAAAAAGAGGACGAGUCCAGAUUUAAGAGCCAGACUUUCUCCAACACAGCAGGGAGGACUGCGUGUUGAAUCAGAAGAAAUGCUUGGAGCCAGAGAGAGGGAGUAAACAGCAACACAGACGAGCAAACAAAGACGAAGAGAGAGAGAGAGAUGGAGAGAGGAGAGGAAGAGGAGUCAGUGCAGCUUUAGGGAAAGAGAGAGAAGAGAGAGAGAGAGAGCUGGAGGGGGGAGGCGAUGAUGAGGAAGCAGUUCAGAGAGAAAGAGAGAGACAGAGAGGAGAUAAGAGAGAGCUGAAGGCUGCAGACAGCUGAGAGAGGUGAAAACAGAGAUAAGUGAAGAAGAAAGAUGAUAUUACUGUAUGUGAUACUCUGUGUGGUACUCCCUCUGAGACUUGUGACUGUGCUGUUUGGUGUCAGGAUGAUAGUGUCAGGAUGAUAAGCCUUGUUCAGCCUGUAAAUGAUCAUGUCGCUGUUUAAAAUGCUGUCACUACAUCCAUCGAGCUGAGUAGAUCAACAGGAAGUGUGACUGCGGUCCAAGAUUAAAGAUACAGGCUGGAGACAAAUCACAGAGCUCAUUUUAUUACACGCGAACAAAAUGCAGUGUAGUAGUAGGUCGUUUUUUUUUACACACAGAGACAUGAGCUGCAGUUUGAACUGUAUCUCUGCACAACUCCAGGCACUACAUGAAAAAAAGAUAUGACAGGAAUUAUGUCUUAAAUAUAUAGAUAUCUCUUCAUACAUAUUCUACAUGAAGAAAACUGUUCUGUAUGUUCAGCUAAACAGUAUCAGUCAUUGUCAUAAAAAAAGGGUUAAAUGCCAUCCGGUAAAAAAACAGUUUUUCCUCAUAUUGAGUAAAUUUAAAAUCUCCCGCCACAGGAUGAUUUCACUCAGAGGAGCAACGUUUACUUUAUUAGCCAUGGGGGAAAAUGCUGCUCAGGACAUAAAACUUCUAGAAAUUCUUCCUAAAUGUGUCAUAUUGAAGAAAUAAUCUGCUAGAGAACAUGGACACUCUCCCUAUUUAACUCUGUCCUAGUUCAGCUUGUAACAGUGGAUUUAGGGCGAAGUCACUCUAAGUAAUCCAGACUGUACCAGCAUGUUUGACCUCUAAUGACCCCUAAAGUCUAGGUUGGUUGGCCUGUAUGAGCGCUCCUUACCACACUCCCUCAGCCCUGGCACGGCGCGGUUGGAGCACCUAAUUUCCUUUUUGCUUCUAGUCAAACAUGGUAUGUCACAUCCUCCCAGCAGCAGAGAGAAAACAGCAGGACCUGAAUCUUGUCAGGCUGUAUGUUUGAAAGACAAAGCAGCAGAAAAAAACUCUCUUACUUAGAAAAAUGAGAGGACAGACUAGGGCUGGAAAUUUACUGAAUAUUUAUCGAUACCGAAAUUUACGACUAUCACCGACCUCAUUUUGCUUAUAUCAGUAUAUUCGGUGUCAAAUAAAUAAAUAAAUAAAUAAAAGUUGGUUUUGGAUGUGUGUAGGUAGGCUAUGGUUUCAUGUCCCUUUAAGACGCUGUCCUAUGUCAGAGACGUGACUCCACCCACAAAGACAGGUGAGGAGAUGGAGGACGGUUCAAAAGUUGUAGCGGCUGGAGCGGAGGCUAAAGUAGACAAAGCUAAUGUGAGCAGCUUGUGGAGUAGUUAUCGUCCAUUUAUCAUUAUCGAGAUGAACUGCUCAAUAUAUCAUGAUAUUAAUUUAAGACCAUAUCGCCCAGCCCUAGGACAGAGAGUGAAAAGAUGACUCUCAUACUGGUACUUGCUCAUGCAGAGUUAAGGAUCUCUCUCCUCCCCCUCUCAUUGCAGCAGGAAUUGCUGUCUCUCUGUGCAUUCUUGUGUUGAUAACUUAGAGUGUAUGUCCGAUAGUUGUUCUUAUGAAUUCUGAAUUAUAAGCUAACCUAACUAGGCCUAGUGUGAGUGCACCCUUAGUUACCUUCGAACUGAGCUAAUUCAAACCAUAAAAACAACAUAAACAAUGACAAUGAAUCAACGAUUUGGAUGGUGAGGCUACAGCUUAACAAGAUCCACAUUGUAACACUGGGAAAUGUUGAUAUUUGUACUUACCCUGAACUCUGAGAAAAAAACAGCAAAGGCAUCAAACUUGAAGUUCUGCCGGGUUUGAGUGUCAGAUUUUAUUUCGAGGAGCUUUCAACACAGAGAGAUCAUAAAGUUCUAAAGCAGUAACUCUGCAGGGACAGCUCUUACUCUUCAAACUCUCAGAAAUACCUCUAGAUUAACUACUGUACGUAUUCAUGCACAACGUGUCUGCUGUAGGGACUGGAUGUCAGUGUGGGAGUGCAGCGAUGAAGCCAAACCAGAGGGCGGACAUGUUGACUGCUAUCACGCCUCUCUGUUAGUGCUGUCUCUUUGCAGUGCAGGCUGUGGUCGCUGCAGCUGCUGCACGAUGUUGCAGCACUGCGCUGUGAUUUUAUGUGUGAAAUUAAUAACCCCUCCUCCCCUCUGGUGUCUGUGCUGCAGAUCGUGAUCGUGCAGUGGGGAGGGAAGCCCUUCAGCUGUGCCCCUCUCAACGUGGAGCAGUGGCUCUGGUGCCUGUUCGUGGGAGUUGGAGAGCUGCUCUGGGGGCAGGUAAGCAGCUCUCUCCUGCUGACUCAGACUCUGAGCAGGUGGAGGCUGACAGGCAGGUUUACAUCUAUGCUCUGAGCAGGUGGAGGCUCAUUUACCCAAGGUUUACCCUGCAUUCACCAGCUUCUCUGAUAGACCCAGAUCAGGAAUUUUGAGAGUUUCCAAACUUUGUCUUGUGCGUGACCUUAAAAGUCUUUAAGUGGAAACAUCCUGGAGGCUAGAAAAGAUGAUGUGGUUUUUUUUUGCUGCUCAGAAGUCUGUAAGAAAGUAACAGUUAAAGCUUUUAACAGGUUAUAGAUUACAAAAAAGUGAAAAAUUUAUAUGUUUAGAGUGAAUCAGCAGAGAACUGUCCCCAUGGAACUACUCAGCUGGGGUCUUUUUGUUAUGAACCAACAAUCUGUGGAUCUUUUUGUGAUUUUUUUCAAACUUAAAACUGAAUUAUUUCUACAUCUCCAACAUACAGAAUAAGAUCCUCGGUCAAUCCGUCUUAGAUUACAGGUUAUUGUGUCAUGAAACAGACGCUAGAAAAUCCGAAAGUAUCAAAUCCAUCAAAUAUGUUCAGCUUCUCAGUUUAAUCUCACAGUCUCAGACGAUGAGAAUGUAACAAAAAUGGCUUCCAGGUUAUCGCCACAGUGCCGACGGAUCGGCUGCCAUGCCUGAAGGAAGCGGGGCUUGGCCUGGAGCCUGCAGAGGAUGAAGGAGAGGAGCUAGCCGAGGACGAGGAGGAGAUUGAUUGCGCUGAGAGGGAGCUGCGCCGGGGACAGAUCCUCUGGUUCAGAGGCCUGAACCGCAUCCAGACCCAGGUACUGUCAGGCCGGACCGCCACUGCAAAUCAUGACCUCACUGAUGUCACAGGAAGACACACACACAAAUACACCUAUACAGAGAAACUACAGCACGUAAACCAGGGGCUCCACAGGCUCAUGAGCAGUAUGUGUCACAGGCAGACGACAAAUCAGGACACAUAUAUCCCCCAAAACAUAAAUCUGAUCAUUACUGAUGAAUGUUUUUUUAUUAUUUGAGGUUUUUGAACUCCGAUAAAACACACUCACAGCAUCGUGUCCUGCACACACUGACAGAAGGGACUCAUGGGGAGGAAGAGAGAAAGAUGUAUGCCUUGUUGUUAUUACAUCUUUGGUGAAGUUUUAACUCUGUCUGAUCUGUCUUUACUCUCCUCAAGUCUCUCUGUCUCUCUCUUUCUGUCUCUGCUCAUCUCUGAACUGUGCCAAACGUAAUAAUUCCAGUUUCCUCCUUUUAAAGCAGCAAACUGCUCUGUUCAAACCUUCAAUGAUGUUUGAGUUUGUUCCUUACAAAGAGGAUAAAUGUUGCGAAUGUGUGUGUGUGCCGCUGCAGCCGCACCUCAGCGUGUGUGUGAAUGUGUUUAUACUGUACAGACUGAUGCUAAGUAGACAGGCCUGAUUGCUUUAAUUGAUUGAUUCUGGCACUGAUCGGUGUGAGGACGGACGCUAAGACGCAAAACAGCCUCAACAUGAAGAACGAGCUGCUGUGAGAGAGCCAGACUCUCUGCUUAAGUGCCUGUCUCUGCCUAAAGUGCUCCCAGUUUACUCAGAGGGUUUGGUCUGAGUGUGCACGCAACAAUCACUCACACACACACACUAACAAACACACACACACACACACACAGCUCCAAAUACACACCUAGUUUUAAUGUGUGUUACUGAUGCACAACGGACAAUCAAAACAUUCAAAUGCAGUUUUAUCAUUCCUGCUCAGACAGGAAAUAUUAACAUACAGGAAUUUAUGAAAAAUAUACUUAAUGGAUGUUUACCUCAGACUCUGACUGAUUCAAUGAAGCUUUUUCUUCUUCACUGAUGACAGAGAAUAAACAGAGGUGCAGUCGUAGUAGGUCUUUACUGUUGGAUGUAAGGAUUCAACAUAUUUUGCCCAUCCAUUUAUUCCAGUGUGAUGUUCUGAUGGUCAGUGUAAGAGCUGAUCAACAGUGGCAACUUUAAUUUGAACACCUGCAAGAACACAGUGUCAGAUGGUGUUGUGGGCGGGGCAUUAGGUUUAGAGAUGAAGUGCAUAAAAACAAGCCCAAAAGGAAAGAUGCCCCAGCAGAGGAGCUGAAGCAGAGCACGUUUUAAUGUAUUAAUUUUUAUUGACCAUCUGUAAAGUAAAAGGCUGAUAUGGAUAAUCGUCCAAAUAUCAUCUUUGAUAAUCAGCCAGAGCCAGAUGAGAUUAUUUUUGCAAUCAAAAAUGAACUUUUAUUUGAUGGGAACAAAUGCUCUUAACAUUGCAAAGUAGCUGCCAUGCAUACACUUUUCUAGCCAUGGCUUAUUUAUAACCCUUGGCAUCGGUUUGUCUUCUAAAAUGAAAAUGGGAAUUACAGAGUAUUGAGUUAAAAACAUUAUAACCAUUGAAAACAUUCAAACAUAAUGUAGGACUUCAACAAAGAUGGAGAUCAAUUCAAGUACAGACUAAAACCUGUUAAUCAACAUGAGGCUUGAAUAAAUGUUUCUGUGUGAUCUAUGAUUCAAGAGUUCACAAACUCUUUUUAGUUUCAGUCAUAUCUUUUAGGGAGUGUCAGUGCUAACCUAAAGGAAUCACCUUCUUUGAUUUAAUCUAUCACACUGAGCAUGUUACCAACAGAAAAUAGCAGAUUAAGGUCUGCUUCUCCUACUUUGAACGUUUCCACAUUUACAGAGAGUUUACAGAGGAGUUCACCACCGGCUCUGAGUAGGGUUGCACCGAUCUGAUACUUGAUAUCGGUAUUGGUCCCGAUGCUGAAGAAAUUUUAGAUUGGAUAUCAUGACAAUGGGCCUGAUGCAUAGGGGUCGAUCUAUUCAGUCUAACUCUAUGCUAUGCGCCUGAGUGGCAUCCACAAUUAAACACGCUAAGAGAUGCCCACAUUGUUUUCAAAAUGGAGCGAGCAAAGGGGUCUGUUAUCUUGAACUUUAUUACAUAAACUCAGCCUACAAGCUCGACAGCCACUUGCAAUACCUGCGCAGCAAACGUUCCGAGGGGUAGUGUUAAAACUUAAGAUUACAACAAAAGGUAAUUUAGCGCGGUUUUUCUGUAUCGGAAUUGGAUCGGUAUUGGCCGAUACUAAACUGUAGAUAUCUGUAUCGGAGAUGAAAAAAGUGGAUCGGCGCAUCCCUAGCACUGAGUGAGGUGUAACAUUUAAAAAGUAAUUUAUGCUUAUGUUGGAACUAUCCCAGCUGGUAUGUUCGUAGAGCGUCAACUCCAUCCAUAAUUAGAUAUUACACUCAAACUACAACUCAUGUUCAGUUUUGUUGGCACAACACAGUGCAGGUCUGUGCCAGAAGAGCAAAAAUCUCAGGUUAUCUUUAUGAAUGAUUGAUUAUGGACAAUCCCACACACACACACAUCUCUACACACACUUGCACACGCUCAGACUGGCCCUUCCUGCCCUCACUGAGUGCUGCUGUUUUGUCUCUGUCCUGCAGAUGGAGGUAGUGAGCACGUUCAAGCGAAGCGGUUCGUUUCAGGGAGCGGUGAGACGGCGCUCCUCCGUGCUCAGUCAGCUUCACGACGUAAACGCUAUCUCUACCCCCUCUCACGUAGCUCUCUCCACCGCUACAGCCAAUACCAGCCCAGCCCCCGGGAGUGAGUCCGCCGAACGCAUGUACACACAUGAACACACACAUACACAGCACACAGGUAUACCUGCACACACAAACAAACAAAAAAAAACACACACACAGCCUCUCUCUCUCACACACUCACACACACACACUGCUGCACGGCACGUGGACUGCAGUAUUUGACUCUCUGGUUGUGUCCCCCUCCGGCUCGCUCGCUGCUCGUGUGUGUGUGCAAUGUCUCCUCUUUCUUUUCUCUGAUUCUCCCUCAAACAGCACCCAGUCCUGACCGGCUCUGUUCUGCUGGUCCGACCCGCUGGUCUGGUCUGAGCCCAGUCCCGGUCCCAGUCAGUCCAGAGUGUGUUUUAUUGUUGAGUGUUGGCGGUGCGGGGGUGGCUGGCUGUUCUCUCUCUGUCUGAGGAGUCCUGACAUGUGCAGCUCUGCCUAAAGACAGAGACGGUUACAGAGAGUAAAAGUUAGAGGUAAAAACAGUGGGGUUUGACCUGAGGACGGAUCCUGGAGCUCAGAGAGGACACAGCAGCUCCACCUGCACCGCCUGUUACUUCUUGUUUGUGAAUGAGGUCAAGCGUGGUUACUGUGGAUGAAGCUGCUGUAAACAUGUCAAGUUUCAAGUGUUGUUGUUUAAAGUUCAAGUGUUUUCAGUAAUCCUGUGACCAAACUGUAGAGGUGAUCAGAUUUCACUGCCAUAGACUCAUUCUCAUUACCAAACGGCUUCAUAUGGCUUCAAUAAACUGUAAACCUUCGAGUAUAAAAGCCCCAUCACACACCGCUGCUGCUUUCAAGACUUGAGUCAAAGAAAAAGUUUCUUUUCCUCUUCCUCCUCCUCCUCCUCUCCUUUCUUCUCUGACUUUAGUCCUCUGCUGCUGUUGUUGGUUAUUUCUGUGACAGUAUUUCCAGCUCUGACGUCACACGUUUGGCCCCUCUGAUGACAGUCCUGAUUUUAUUUCUGAUUUUUCUCCUCUCUCUCUCUCUUUCUUUCUCUCUCUCUCUUUCUGUCUGUCACAGCUCUCUUUCUCUGACACUGAUCAGAUAUUACAGGUUCCCUGUUUGCAGAGAGACUCUGUGAAAUGUUCUUCUUACUGUUCUUCAUGAGUAGACGUCUUCUUUUGUAGACGUAUUUAGAUUGUAGCUGAUCUAAAUACAGGCUCUUGUGUAGCAUACGAUAAGAUUUCUUUAGUAGGUCAUUUUUUUGUCUUUCUUUUCUCAGUUUUUUCAUCCCUUUUUCUCAUCCUCCCAUCUCCUCAGUAGAGUAGCGUCCAACCCUCAUCUUUUUCUCCUGAUUUCUUUGUGUGUCAGUUCGGCGUGUGUGUUUGCGAGCGUGUGCAUUUGCUCACAUAUCGGACAGCCGUACUUUGACUCCUGCGUGUUUGUGUCUCUGUCAGUGUGUGUGUGUGUGUGUGUGUGUGUGUGUGUGCGUGCGUGCAUGUGUGUUGUCUUUAUCCGUCUUCUCAGUUGCUUCUCCUUCCCUUCCUUGCUCCCUUCUGUCCAUCCUUCCCUCCUUCCAUUCCACGCUGCUUCCUGCCCACCUUGCUCCAUCACCUGUAGGUGUAGAAACAGAGAGCGGCUCAGUGCUGCUGACGCCUCCUCAGUGUGAUCAUGCUGCACAGACCUGAGCUUUCUUUUAACUACUGUGGAAACAUCCCUCUCUCCAUCACUAAACAACAUAAUUUACAGUAAACCUAUCGUUUUUAUAUUCUAGCUGCAGCAGCGGCUGCCUGAUGGAAAAGCCUUGUUAACAUCUGACAGAUCUCAUGAUCUGAGGUCCCAGAAUGGAGCUAGGGUUCAGACCCCAUCACUGUCAGCUCAUGGUUUGCUCUUUCACUUCUUUUCCUUCAGUCUGACUCACAUUUAUAAGACCUCCUUACCUGGUUCAGUUCCUGGUGAGAACUGAGGUGGAUUUGGACGAAACAGAAAAGAAAAGAAAAGAAAAGGGGGGAACAUGAGACUGAGUUUAAUGAAGUCUCCUGUGUGUUGGUCAGAUGAAAGAUCUGAUUUACUUUCAGGAUUUUUUCUUGACAAUUUAGGCUGCACCUCUAAAGACUUACAACCUUAGAAAAAAUAUCAGAUUUGUUUUUGACAAGUCUGUGGUAUUCUGUAGUUUUUCUUGUCGUCAUCAAAUCCCAUAAAAAACCAACAGAGAAUGUAUCCCACUGGCUAGUGUUGUACUACUUUGUUUCAGAGCUUCACAAACACUAAACAACAGAAGGAAUCUGCUCAUCAUUAACAGAUGAUAAUAGGAAAGUUUCUCUGAAGGUAUUCAAUCAUUUUAGAAAUGACUGAAGUAGCACCGGUUAUUUUUGGUGUCAUGAUGCUCCAAAUAAGUCAGGACUGCAGGCAGACCAGUUUAUCAGCAGGACUCUUCUACUACAGAGACAUGCUGUUGUAAUCCCUGUUGUCAGAAUGGGGUUUGUCAUUAUCUUGCUGAAAUAUGAAGGUCCUCUCUGAAAAAGUCUUUGUCUAAAUGGCAGCAGAUGUCACUCCUAAACCCAGAUGUAAAUAUCGGUCAGCAUUAAUGGAGCCUUUACAAAUGUGGAAGCUACCCAUGACUUGUUCCUUUAGUACAGAGAUUUCUCCAGAUUCUCUGAAUCUUUUAAUGAUAUUAUAUUCUGUAGAUGAUGAAAUCCACUCAUUCUUUCACAUUUGACACUCAGGAACAUUAUUCUGAAAUUGUUGAACAAUUAGCUCACUCAGUCGCUCACAGAGUAGAGAACCUCCUCCCAUCUUUCCUCCUGAGAGGCUAAGCCUCUCCGAAUGUCCUUUUUAUACCCAGUCAUGUUACAAACCUGUUGCAGAUAUGAAAUUUAAAAUGAGCAAAAAUGUUUAAUUAAACAGUAACAUUUUUCAGUUUCAGUUAGUUGUCUUUGCACUUUUUGUAAUUGGAUCUAGACUUCAGAUUGUUGUAAACCGUUAAAUUCUGUUUGUAUCAACAGUUUAAACAGCGUCCUCUCCUUUUUGAUAUUGUGUUGUACAUAAAACUGCAUCUUCAGAGGUCACUGACGGGCUCCAGGCUGAAUGCCAAAGUCAGUGUACAAAGUCUCUUGAAUAUUUCAUGAACUAACACGCUGAAGUUUUGGUCUUGUAAAGGGGUUUGGUGACGACAGUAACACAGAGUAUCAACAGUCUGCUCCAGUUUUCUCUACUGAUAUUUCUUAAGAUUCUGAUGAUGGUCUGAUAUGAGAACACACUUCAGAUGCUCACCUGUGUGUAACCUGUUCGUCUGCCCCGCUGCUCAUCCUCAGUUAGCUCCAGGUCAUUACUGUACUCCAUUACCCAGAGUUCUUUGCACAGCAGGCCCUCAGACUUGGCGCUGUGCUGUGUUGCAGUAUGAUGUGCGUAAGUUCUGACGUCAGCUCCAUCACCUCUCUGACUUUUACUGCUAAACCUGUGUUAAAGAAACAUCUUCAGAUAUUAAGUGAGGAAUCAAAAGUCUGUGCUUCAUGCUUUUACCCACCUGAGCUGUGCUGGACCUCAUGGUCCCUUUGGAUCUUUAAUCUGGCCUAUGGAUCCAGUUUGUUUUCAUUUCAGACCAGUUUCAUCACCCUGUAGUGAGAGUCAAACGAAGCAAUGAGAUGAAAGUUAACGUUGAUCAGAAUAGAUAAAGGGUAAUGAUCUCUGAUCCAUGCUCAACUCCUCAAUCCUCUGCUGAACUUCUUCAUGUUUGAAAAGCAGAUUUCAUUUUAUGGAUUCCUAAACGGGUUAAAAGUGAAUCAGAACUGGAUUGAGGAGGGUGCCGCUGAGGCGGUGUAUGGAUCAGAGCCGCGUUAUUCAAGGGUCGGUGCUGCUCAGAGUCAGGAGCAGUCACCACUCAUGAUCCUCACAGCUUCUCCCUGUUUCUGUUGCGUUUCUCCUCAUCAGCAGUUGUUUUGCACACAGCAGCCUCUCUACCUUCCAGCGCCUGUUUCCUUCUUUAACCAUCAUCGUUUUUCCAUCAAGCGCUGCUGAAAGAGCCGACAGGGAGAGAGGGAGAGAGUUGGGUGAGAGAGAUGAUUGACCUUCAGUGGUCACACUGUGGGCGUUAUAUACUCGAAAGUUUACUCAGUCCAUGGAGACAAAAUGAAAACAAACCGAGCGCUGAACAAGUGAGAAAGUAACUUUCUGGAACCUUCUCAGGCUGCAUGAGGUGUUUUUCUGCUGUCUGACAGGCUCUUUGGAAAAACAGAUAAGCACUGAACCUACUGCUUGACCGUCUGUCUGUUUGUCUGUCUGUCUGUCUGUCUGUUUGUCUGUUUGUCAUGUCUAUCAUAUAUGCCAGAGUCACAUAUAGAGACUGGUCUCUGUUUGGCCCAUUGCAGCACUGAUCCUACUCAGCCGCUCAUCCUCACAGUUUGGCCUCUCGGCGGUGCUGCGGUCCUCAUGAAGCUUCAUCUGUGAGCCAAACGGUCUCUAUGUGUGGCUCUGCUGCCUGUGCCUGUCACUGAACUGUCUCUGCUCUCUGAGCUCAUGCUGCUUUCUGCUUCUGUUUGGGCUGGAGGGGGGGGGUGCAUGGACCAACUGCCAUGGCAAAGGAAUGUGACUAGGCACGCACACACCAUCCACUGCAUACUGCACCUUGGAGUACACUCAUAGACCUCACUCUGCUGCGUGUGUGAGUGUGUGUUUGUAUGAGUGUGUGUGUGUGUGUGGGACACAGAGAGUGACAGAGAUCUGAUUCAGCAUGACCUGGCUGCCUCUGUUCGUGUGACACGCUGACGCCUGAGCAUCGCUCCGGCUUUUGAACCAAUCAUCUUCUGUUUCCAGUGAUCUAACCAAUCACGUUCUGUUCUGACCUGCUGAUUCUCCGUGAUGUCACCUUUCUGUUCUGCAAGACUUGUUUUUUUCUUUCCUGCAGCAACUUCAUCAUCAGCACCAUCAUCAUCCUUUCAAUCACUCUGCUGUCCUCUGUCUCUUUCUGCUGCAUGAAUGCACUACACCGUGCACGUGUGCAUAGACAUUUGUGUAUGUGUGUGAUUGUGUGUGUAUGAUGCUGACAAAUGGGCUUACAUGUAUGAUUGUGACUUUUUUUUAACAAACAGCAGCCACGAUUGACAGCUGUCUGAUGCAUGCAGAUGUCAACCUGCACGAUGUGGAAACUCAGCUGUUUAUUCACUCAGCAUGUAUGCUUCUGUGUUGAUGUGUUUGUGUUCAAAUGUGUGGGUUAGGUUGUGUGUGGGUGUGUGUGUGUGUGUGUGUGUGUGUGUGUGUGAGUGUGUGUGUGGUCACUGCUUUAGGUUCUCGCCUGUUUCUUUUUUUUAACUAACUCACCAUUUCUGCUUUUUCUCCAUCUGUGCCCAACAUCCAUCCUCAUUAGUGUGUGUGUGUGUGUGUGUGUGUGUGUGUGUGUGUGUGUGUGUGUGUGUGUGAGAAUUUGUGUGUGUUUGUGUGUGUGCAUGCAUGUGCUCCAGUGUGCUUAACUGUGAGUGUUUUUCACACACACUGUGUCAUCACAAACACACACACGCACACAGGUGUAAGAUGUGGCGUGUGUGCAGCUUUGUGGUGGUUGUGAUGGUGGCUUCUGGACGCUCUGAGGUCUGACUGCUGUGUGAGAACUGACAGAAACAUUCAUUAGCCAACUCAUCCUGAACACUUUGGUUUAUUUUUCACUUCUGUCUGUUGGGGACUCUCGGGAUCAGGUGGCUGCUUUAUGUUCAGGCUGAUUCAUUGAGGAAAUGUUCCUCCAGGUUUACAGAAGUUUAAAUUUAUCUUGCAGUAGAACCAAACUGAACACGUGUUUGGAGAUGUCACACUAAAAGGACGGAAUAAAAACUACAAUAUUAGAUAUUUUAGUCUUUUUAUCAUGCAGCCCUUCUUUAUUCAGCCCCAGCUUAUGACCACUCAUCAACUUUCACUACAAACUGGAUCGAACCAUCAGACCAGUUUCUGCUGUUGUCCCCCUCUGAAAGAUGAGGAGUACUCUCCUGAUGUCUGUAGCUCUGAUCCUUUCCUCUCUCGCAUCAGGAGGAGUCAUAUGUCAGUUGUUUUUCUAACUGUUAAGAUAAAUGCUGCAGAGUUCUGUGCAGAAGAAAAAAAAUACUAUUUCCAGUCGAUUUUGACUUCAAAUGAAGUCAUCAGUCCUCUGAUUGAUGAUAAAGAUAGACAGUGAGACCAGGAGGUGGAUUUUAAUCCUGUCAGAAUUUGGGUCAGCUUCUGCAAGUUUGGAGUUUGAAGACAUCUGUGCAUUCAUGGCACUUUUGUUAAGAAGCUCAGAAAUAGUGCACUAGUUCAGCAGGGGCCCCAUGUGCAGAGCCUACAUCAAAUAUCAACAUCAAAUAUGUUGUGGAUAAGGAGUUUAAGAAUUUAGACUUCAGAUGCAGAUAUAAAUAGGUUUAUCAGCUAACAGGCGUAUGCCAUUUUUGAUCUGUGGCCUUUUUUAUACAGUCAGACACUCUAAACAGCUCUUAAAUACACACACCUCCUCAUUAUGGCAUUAACAGAGCAAACCCAUCUGUUGGGUAAUGAUCUCACUUGAACCUCCUGCUUAUCAGAUCUGGCAAUCAAAAGUAAUGACAAGACGCCCCGUAUGAGUUUGAAAAAAGUCAGUAAUGAUCAGAAAUAUCCAGGGUUAUUUCAGCUUCAAUAUUUCAGCAUAUUGAAGAGUCACAGCACGCUGGGUUGAGAUAUUCUUCUUGAAAAUGAGCAGGCAUUAGUGGAAGCUGCUGUCUUUCAUAGAUGUUUUAAAAGGUUUGGGUGUCAUGAGGUUGUUAUUCUGAAACCAUUCAAUCAUCCAACUGACUAAAAGCCCACUGUUUAAUACUUGUAACCCCAUUGUCCUGCUGCAGCAGCAGCUCUGUAGAGGUUGUUUCUUAAUUUAGCAUGCACUUAGUCUGUAACUACAGUUGUGUUAUUUGGUUGCACCAACUACAGACAUAAAGUUCAUCUUAACUAGUAGAGCUUCAUACCCAGACUAACCACAAUUGUUGCAGCUACUAUAACAAACAACUAGUGAAAAGUUCUUUUUUUUCCAGUGACGGGUUUAUUACAGUGCUGCCUCUUUUGAGUAAUCCCAUCCAAACAGGCUAACUGCUGAAUAUAAUUGCUGUAAACUCCUGAUACAACAUCAGAAAAGUUUGUCAAAUGUGAAAAAGCAUCAUAAUGAGGUGUUGUUUAAUCUAACAUGCAAAAUAAAAGCAGCAACACUGAGAGGUGAAACCACCAACUGCAACAUGUUCAUUUCGUGGUGCUAAGAAAAAACAAACACAUGAGCACAGGUUACAGUCAAUGUACAUUUUUGAUUUAUAUAAUGUAUCACAGUAAACAUGUCAUUGGCAAAAAACAGCUGGUAAAACCUUUUGCAUCUGCCCCUCCUCCUUAAGAUUAUCAACAAUAGACAACUGCAGUCAGUAGGUGUGGUUAUCAAAAUAUAUGAUAACAUGAAAAUAUUCAGGAGUUUACCCAUGCUGGAUACACAAAUGUUGAUUACCUCACAUAUAAAUUACAAACAAAAAAACUAUUUAGGUUAAAAACUCCUCAAAUUCUCAAUUCACUCUGAAUUAUUAAAAUGUUAAUGCAUUAAAUUUGACUAAAUUAAUCGAAUGACUUUUAUGAACACCCCAGUAACCCCCUGCAGAGAUCCUGACAAACCUUCAGCUAGUCCAGUUAAAGCCACCUGGCCCAGAGUGUCUGUCUGUCUGUCUGUCUGUCUGUCUGUCUGCUGGAGGACACUCGUCUGUCUCUGGGUUUCCCUUGUCUCUGGGUUUUCAUUUCUCCUUUUUGACUUUCUCUUCUCUCUGUCUUGUUGUCUCCUCGUGCUCGUUGUCCUUCCACCCUGCAGAUGCGAGUGGUGAAAGCAUUCCGUAGUUCGCUGUACGAGGGCCGGGAGAAACCGGAAUCCCGCAACUCCAUCCACAACUUCAUGGCCCACCCGGAGUUCCUCAUCAAUGACCUCAUCCACAACAUCCCGCUGAUCGACGACACCGACGUGGACGACGAAUCAGAGCUCAGCAGAUACCAGCACCUGCACCCGGCCCUCCGCAAGCCGCCGCCCCCUCCCACUCAGCCCCAGCCCCCAACCCGCAGCCGCCCCACCCGCCCCUAUCGCCAGUACAGCCUCCCGGUGACCCCAUGCAACAGAAACAACAACAACAACAGCAGCAGCAGCAGCAGCAGCAGCACAUCUGUCUCCCACGGCAACAAAAGGAGCAGCCACGCCCUCAGCCACCGCAGCCCCCACCAUCACCACCAUCGCCACCAUCAUCACCACAACCAUCAUGGCAGAGACAGGCCGCUGAAACCCCCUGCCCCCCACCUGGCCCACCUGUACUGCGUGGAGACCUCAUUAUAACUGAACAUGGUGAGAGGGGAGGAGUCUGUGGGAGGGGGAGGAGGAGAGGGCUGAGGACGUACACAUGACAUUUUCAUCCACCCUCCCUACGCCACGCCAACAGGAGGGAGCGAGGGACGAGGGAGGAGCAGGAGGGAGCGGACACUAAGAACACUGAGACUUCCCCUCCCAUUGCCCCCCAUCCAGCCCUCUCAGCCUAACCCCCAGACCCAUCCAACCCCCUCCCACCCACCACCCAGCCUGUCAGAGCCUGUCCAUCCCAACCACCUGACCCAAUGCUCAUCCAUUACGCAUGCACAGGUCUGCUCUUGCUGCGUUGCCCUGAGCAACAGCUGAAAGGGGGAGGGAGGGGGGACAAAAAGAAUCCCCCCCCUGCCCCCCCCCCCAGCAGGACUGGGACACGCCGGGCCGGACGCUUGCUCUGUUUCUAUUGGUGUUCAUCAUCAGUGUUAAUGUCCUUGACUGCACCCCAUCACUUAACUGCCAUGGCAACAACCCCCCCCCCCCAACCAAUAAUGAGGCUUCUACCUGCAGUGAUUAGAGCUCAAGUCUCCUUCAAAGCUUCAACUCCAGUUCAUCCUCUCAUCCCUCAAACACAGAGCUGCUUCACUCGUUCACUCUUUACAUCGUUUCUUUUCUUCCACUACAUGUGUCCUCCCACCUCUGCCGACUAAAACAAAACUACACGAAGAGCAAACAGAGACUCUUCAUUCAGUCCUGACUGUGAGUAACCACCUGGGUAAGGAGGGGGAGGGGCUUAUAUGAAUAUAUAUAUACAUGCAGGAUAUUUGAUGUAUAUAUAUGAUCUGAAUGUUUGAGAUACAACUACACAGAAGUCUUCAUCAUCGUUGUCUCUCUUCAGACUCACCUGAGUCCACAUGGCUGCAGCAUGUAGAUGUGGGGGGAGGGUUCAUCCUAUGUGGACUCAUGGUUGCCCCUCCCUCGACGUGAGAUCGGACAGAGUGUGGGGUCUCCUUCUCUUGAUGUGAUUUUUUCAUGUCCUCAGACACCCCAUACUGGACUGACUGCCUCCUGACAUGAUGAUGAACUGAAGUGGGAGGGUCGGUGGGGUGAUUCUGCAGGUGUCUCCCCCUUCUGUCCCAUCCUCCCCCCUCUGUCCUGUCGUCUUCUCUCUUGCUGUUCCUCCGUCCAUUCUGUUGUGUGUGUGUGAGUGUGUGCGUGCCUGUGUUGCAGCUUUUUUUUGAAAAAAGCUGAUGCUUGUGAAGCAUUAACCCUUUAAAUGCCAUCAGACACACGAUGCACAGGCGAUGGCCCUUUAAGACUGACCUACACUCACCUCACACCUGCUCUUGUGCCAUCAGUCGUCUCCGUCAGUAUUGUGCUCACAGGUCGAAUGGUUGGACUAGUUUUUUCAAAGUGUGAUGUUAAAAAAAUUGUCAAGCAUGAGGCCAUGUGUCUGACACCAGUGUUCACUUUUAGCUUUAGCUCCAAAGCUGCUCACAUCUAUCAGGUACGACCUCAGAGAGCUUUUAAUCAUGUGUCAAACACUGUGCAUGCUCUCCCGUCCUAUCAGGACACUUUAACAGAUUCAACAUUUGGGAAAAAGAUGUUCAUUAGCUUUAUUUUGCCAAAAGUAAGUGAAGAUAAUCAACCCUCCGGGCUGUGCAGAGGUGGUUCUGUUUCUCUGCUCUGGGUGGAAAGAGUUUGCAGACUUUAAGGAAACUCUGACACAACAACAGCAGCUGCUCAAAGCAGCUCAGGAAAACUAGUUUAGUUGAUAUUGAUGAUGAAUGAUCUGAGUCUCGACUUAUUCCCUCCCUACAUAAACUCUUAGUUUGAUGAUGACCUGAGAGCGAAACUAGAUUCUUUGUGGUAUUAAAGAUCCUGACACAACUUUUAUACAGUCAACAUAUUCGAACUAACAGAGUGCUGGCCCCAAACUACUCCAGGUUUGUAGGUCCUGUGUCACAAUGACUGGACCAAUUUGUUAAAGAAAGCGUUACGACCCUCUUGGUGCAGGAACAGUUGUCUACUAAUUUUCAAGAAAAACUUCAGGAAGAGACAAGAACACCAAUGAAGGACAAGUCUCCAGAGUCAUGCACAGGCCUGUUGAUAAGUCACCUCAUUUUUUACCGGACUUGAAAUGUGGGGACACUUUCAAUCACAGCAGGAGGAAGACAGGCUGUUGGGUUCUUAACACAUUUUAAUGUUAACGUAAAGAGAGUCAGAAGAGACCUGCAGCAGAGGGUCAAACCAGGGACCACUGUGAUGAGGGGGUGUGCAGGCUAACUGCCGCCUGGACUGCCAUCAGUUUUGAACAGAAUUAACAAAUUAACUGUUAUUAAAGCUGAUUAACAGUUACCAUAGUUACCAUAGUUACCAUGGUUAACAAUAGUGAGUAUGUGAUGGUAGUUUGCAUGAGAGGUGGAACUAAGAGGAUCUGUUAUUAGCCAGGCCAACUGCGUCCCUGUUUCCUGUGCUAAUGCUAAGCUAACGACAGACAUGAGUGGCUAGCCAUCUUUUCGAUCGACCCUUGAAAAAAAAAAAAAGACCUGUUGCUUUAAGAGGCCAAAUCUGUCGAACACGCAGCACGAGCUCGCCCUAACUAAUAAAACAUUACAAAUAUAUUCCAUAUUGGGACACCGCCCGGGUGCAGCGCUUGUGACAUCACAUUCCGCCAACAUUCCAUGGAGCAUUCCGACAUUCCAAACUGCUGCAUCACAUUCCAGAGCGGCCAUGAUAGCGCCCUCCCGUGUCCCAUAAUGCACUAGGUGUGGGCGAACCAACCGCUGACUUCAUGUUGCCUCGGAGCGUGGCCCCUCCCCCCCUCCCCUCCCUUCCCCCGUUGACCUCCCUGAGUUACCGUCUGGUCCGAGCGCCAGAGGAAGGCGAGGGCAGACAAUAUGCAACAGACUGCCAUGUUCCACCUGUGAGGACAGAACACCUGAGUCCUGCUGCACCUGCUCCAGGAUGCAGGGCGCAGGCCUCUCCGGGAACAGCCCUACCUGUACAGAACUCUGUCUUCUUGAAUGCUCAUUAUCACCGCCCCCUCCCUUCCCCUCCCCCUGCCCCGCCCUGUGGGGGUGGGCGGGGUUAACAUCGUAUUGGUCUGUCUGUUUUGAAGCAUGCAUUUGGUAUCAUUAAUGUCACUCUUUAUGUGUUGGUAAAUCAUUUAGGCUACUGUCACUACUGUGUGCUAUGACCUAUCCACAUCUGCUGUCCCCCUGACUCACACACACAUAAACACACACAAACACACACAGUCAUACCUGGUUAAGUCUAACCUGUUCUACUUAAGCACCUCUUAUAACAGCGCUACGAUGCUUUCUGCAGCACACACACACACACACACACACACACACACACACACUCACUCACACACACAAACACACAAACAGGCGAACAAUCUCCAGUGGUGUAAAUUUGACUGUCCAUCUCUGUCCAUCCGUCCUGCCACGUCCCAUCAUGAUGUUGUGAGACAGUUUCACAGAAGGCAAACACAAUGUGAAAAAGAAUAUAUUAUAUUUAUCAAAAUUAUAAAUUGUACAACUUGCACCACUUACUGUACAGACCGCCCAAAUGUGCACAUGUGCAUCUUUGAUUUACAGGUACUAUGUUCCUGUUACACUUGUUUUUUUUUUGUUUUGUUUUGUUUUUUUUAUUUGGAUGUUUCUUUCUUUGGAUCCUUUUGCUUUUUGUAAAGAGAGGAACAACAAAAAGGAAGCGCUUGUAUAUUCUGAUGAUUAUUCUGAUUAUUUUUGAGUUCUCCACCGGUGCUCCCACUGAUGGAGGAGACAGUUGCACAUUCUCCUGAGCAUAUUCUGAGGGCUGUGUUUUCUGUCGCUGAACAGUCCCUGACGCGUGCAGAGGUGUGGAGAUGCUCCUCGUCUCUUAAGACCAGAGACGGCUCUGUAAAUAGAGGACAGGAGGGACAAAGUUCCUCACUCUGAUCUGAAGGACAAAGAGGAGACAGGGAGGACGGAGAGAUGGAUGCUGCUGCAGAGCUAGAGACUGCAGAAGUGCAGUGCGACGGUGCACUGUCAGGCUGCUCUUUUAGAUCUGCCAACAGUAUUUACUGCCAUGUUAGGAUGGGAAGAAGCUGAGGUUUUACAUUAUUCAUUAUACAUACUGCUGUAAAUAUCAUGUGUGAUCGGUCCCCCUUCUUGCACAUCGCAGCGCUGUUCUGCAGACAGAAAAUACAGCCUUAACUGUGCUGAAGCGAAAAAAGACAAAAAAAUGAACAAAAAAAUCCAUAAAGACUAUUGAAUAUAUUAAAGAGUUACCUGCCUGUUAUUUAAGCGAAUAAAUAUCUAUAUAUGAGAAAGAACACACCUGUAUACUGUAGACUAAAUCUGUAUGGAAAUCUAAGAGAAUUUAAUGGGAAUUAAGUCCAACACCUUUUGUCUGUAUGAAAGAAAAAAUACAUCAAAGUAUUCUACAAUAAUAACUUUGACAAAGUCUGUGUGCUCCUG